CCACCAGUUCCACCAAGCUGGAAGACCUGAGCUAUCUUGAUGAACAGCGUAAUACUCCCCUGCGGACGUCCAUUCGGCUGCCCUGGCAUAACACAGGUGGGAGGGCACCACAGGACUCCAAAGGUAUGCUUCAUGAAGGCCCAAAGAAUGAUCAAAGACUCCAGUCACCCAAGUCAUAGACUGUUGAACAAUUAAUCAAAUGGCCACCCGGACUAUUUACAUUGCUGCUACUCGCUGUUUAUUAUCUAUGCAUAGUCACUUUACCCCUACCUACAUGUACAAAUUACCUCAACUAACCUGUACUCCCGCACAUUGACUCAGUACCGGUACCCCCUGUAUAUAGCCUCGUUAUUUUAUUGUGUUAUUUUGUAUGACAUUUUUUACUUUAGUUAUUUAGUAAAUAUUUUCUUAACUCUAUUUCUUGAACUGCAUUGUUGGUUAAGGGCUUGUAAGUAAGCAUUUCACGGUAAGGUCUACACCUGUUGUAUUCGGCGCAUGUGACAAAUCAAAUUUUAUUUGAUUUCAUAACUACUACUCCAUCCAUUGUAGUGUUAAACAGCAUGGGAACUGUACACCAAGACUGCAUCCCAAAUCGCACCAUAUUCCCUAUAUAGUUCGCUACUUUUGACCAGGGCCUUUGUAGUGCACGAUAUAGGAAAUAGGGUACAGUAACUAUCUACUAAGACCAUAGGGGAAACCAAACGUAUAAAAUAAACAUAGGGGAAAAUGUAAACCUAUUCCAUAUAACACAGAAAAGCAUAUGAUAUGUUUCCUAAUGGCUACAACAUAAUGGUACACCCACAAUAUCCUUUCAACAACUAGGCCUAUCCUUAGAGCAGCUAUUCAAACAGCAACUAUUCCGUUAGCACCGUGUACAUUACUCUUUUAUCUUAUCUUGAUUUAAAUCCCAGUCUUGGCUGACUGAAAUCCCACAGAGUUAAUAUUUGAUCACGCCAUGAAUAAUGUAAUAUUACAUCAUUAAAUGCUCACAAAUUUAACCCUCUUUUAAAAACCCUUCUGUUUUCUCCGCCGCUGUCAGGAUAGAGUUGUUAGUGUUUUGUAAAAUGUCCCCGUGGACAGAAAGUUGUGCAACAGUCCACAUUUAUGAACAUUAUGUGUUUGGCUUUCCAGACACUUUAAGCAGUCUAAUGGAAAAAUAGAAAAUAAAUUGCAAACCUUUGCCAUCCGCCUACAUGAUUGCCAAUGGCUGUUUGAAUGCAGUUGAGUAGCUUCUCCAACUAAACCUCUGUUCUCAGAGGGAACUGGCCGUGGUCAGGUAGUACGGCUAGUACUGAUGUUUCUCUCUCAUGCAGCCGAGGUGUGUGUGUGGGGUAGAGAAAUAAUCAACGCUGAAGCUAGCUGCCCUGUUGAAGAUCACUCACAAAUGGGCCAAGUCAAUGGAACUAGCUGUACAUAACAAAGACUGAGAGAGGGAUAGAGAGAGAAAUGAUAGAGAGAGAGAUCAGACUGAUAAAGAGAGAGGAGGAAGAAGAAAGAGAGAGAGAGAGAGAGAGAGAUCUGCAGAGGAAAAAUAGCCCCCUCUGUUUCUCUAGUUGUGUAGUGGACACUGACUGCAGCCCAGGCAUCUUCUCUCCUCCCCCUCAACAGCCCAGAGAAGAGUGUUUGGCAUGCAGCAGGUGUUUAUCGCCUGGCUGACAGUCAGCACUUAUCACACUGCAACCGCCGUAGACAGACAGACAGUGUUUUCUGGUUCUGAUUAACUGACAUGUCAAAGCCAGGGAUAUUUAUAUUCCUCAAAUGGUGUGAGAGCGAACAGUGUGAGAGUGAGAUACACAAAGACGGUUCAGAGGAAAUUCCAGGAGAAAAAUAUAUUGAUUUGAAUCAGAUUAUCUAGGACUCGGGCUCCACAUUCUGAGCGUGAGUGUCAGUUUCGCAAUCCACAGAAAUGUUGAACAUUGCUUCAUAUUGCGUCAUUUUGGCUGAGCGCUGGCUUUCAGAGGAAAUAGAUGAAAAAUGUAUGGUCAACAGCGCAGGUGUAAACAGUGUUUCAUAUGGAGACGUUCCCUUAUAAUCAGUGACAAAAACAGUUUCAAGGCUUGUCUUAACGCCAGAAACCUGGGAGCUGAGGCAAACGUUUGUCUCUUUACUCUUUUGCCUAGCUGCUUUUCAGCAACUGUGUAAAUGUACGAUGCAUUAUAUUUGAACUAUUUUCUUAUGAACCCUCAGGGAGUAAAUGUUUGUCUGUUUUAUUUGGUUUCCUCCAGCCCGCUUCGCUCCCUAUAAGCCGGUGGACAUCAUGCUCAAGCCGCUGCUGUUCGAGGUGCCCAGCAUCACCACAGACUCAGUGUUCGUGGGCCGCGAUUGGCUCUUCCAGCAGCUGGAGGACGUGCUGAAGGGCGGAGGCGAGGCCGGAGAGAGCCGCGGCGCCGUGGUUGUAGGCAACGUGGGCUUCGGCAAGACAGCUGUCAUCUCCCGGCUGGUGGCGCUCAGCUGUCAUGGCGGCCGCAUGCGGCAGAUUGCCUCCAACAGCCCCAGCGUGUCGCCCAAAAGUAAGAAGUAACCCCUAGUUACAUCUCGAAUGGCACCCUAUUCCCUAUAUAGUGCACAACUUUUGAAUAGACCCCUAUAUGCCCUGGUCUAAGAUAGGGAAUAGGGAGCCAUUUGGGACUCAGGCCCUGUGACCCUAACAUGAGAAUACAGUGGUAGUGUUGGCAAGGACAAUAGGAUUUGAGGCUCGUCAUCCAGUCACGGAAUGCAUCCCUCAUGGCACCCUAUUUACACCCCAUAGGACUCUGGUCAAAAGUAGUGCACUAUAUAGGGAAUAGGGUGCCAUUUGGGAUGCAUCCACAGUCACAUGCUGCCUGGACUAAAUGUGACCUAAUCCUCCACAUCAUCAUUCAUGUUGUUAGAACCAUCAUGUUGGGUGCUCUAUAAGGAGAUUGGACUGUGGGUUCAUAUAAUUAAGCAAUAAGGUCCGAGGUCGUGUGGUAUAUGGCCAAUAUACCACGGCUAAGGGCUGUUCUUAAGCAAGACACAACGCGGAGUGCCUGGAUACAGCCCUUAGCUGUGGUAUAUUGGCAAUAUGCCACAAACCCCAGAGGUGCCUUAUUAUUAUAAACUGGUUACCAACAUAAUUAGAGCAGUAAAAAGUAAUGUUUUGUCAUACACAUGGUAUACGGUCUGAUAUACCACGGCUUUCAGCCAAUCAGCAUUCAGUGCUCGAACCACCUAGUUUAUAAUGUGCUGAUAUAAUGUGCAGUUAAAUCCAUCAACAUGUACAGUAGUGACAGAGGAUCUUCCUCUAUCAAAUGUUCAGGAACUCUUCUGACAGGAAGUAAAUAUUGUUGGUUUAGACUACUGUAUGUUUCUGAACAUAGAAGGGCACAGCUUUGGUUGCAUUGAUGUCAUUUCUAUGCUAUCACGAGUUUUGAAAUUCUGAACACUUUAUGCUACGCGUAAGUCUUCCACACAUUCUCUCAAGGUUAUUCUGUACGAAUGAGAAUAAAUACUCAUUGUGAGAAUCAAAAAUGUAUUGAUUUGUCAAACAAUGAAAAGUUAUGCGUUGUGUCCCAAAUAGCACCCAAUUCCCUAUAUUGUGCACUACUUUUUACGAGAGCCCUAUGGCCCCUGGUCAAAAGUAGUGCACUAUACAUGGAAUAGGUUGCCAUUUGGGAUAUGGCCAUGGUUGCACCUGAACCAGCAGUAGAGUCUUCACAGUGAUUCUUCCUGUUGAUAGACCCUGAUUCCCUCUCUCUCUUCCUUCCAGGUGGUGGGGACACCCAGAGCACAGACCUCCCCCUCAGCCAGCCCCCCCAGCCUACCCCGCCCCCCAGCGCCACCAACACCCUGAGGAACAACAGCUGUCCCGGCACCCCAGAGAUCCAGAGACGCAACGAGGAGGCCGUCAAACGGCUGGCCACCAAGGUACUGGAAGUUCACCUGGCCAGAUCACAGCUCAUAGCCCAACCCAACAAUUGGGAAUGUUGUUGUUGUGACUUGUGCCAGUGUCCCAAAUCACAGAGAGAGUUCUGGUGAAAAGUAGCGCUAUGUAGGGAAUAAGGUGCCAUUUGGGACAUACCCUUUGAGAUUAGAAGGGAACUUAUUUUUAAGUUGGUCUAAUGUUUGCAUGGAAAUGUGUUUAUUAAACAUGACGGCUUUUGAGCAUUGUCUCAUUUCACUGGUCAGGUUCAAUGAAGACAUUUUGUUACUAUGAAGUGUAUCUUUGUGCUCAGAAUAGCAAGAAUUUGAUGAGUGUCCAGGAUCCCAAGAGCUUCCAUUCACUUUCACUAAUGAAGUAUUCCCUUCUCUCUCAGUCUACUUCCCCUGUCCUUCAUUUCAUCCCUCCAUCCACCACCUGAGGUUUAGGGAGGGAGGCUGUUGGGGUCUCUCUGACUCGCGUCCUUUCAUAUCCAGGCUGUUUCCAUUAGUAUUUAUGAGGGUUUUAUCCAAAAACAUAAUGCUGCAUGCGGCACUCAGUUGAUUUAUGUUUGCUUACAUUCAUUUAUUUUUAUAUGAAGCUAGUGAAUAAUAAAAAUGUCCCUGAGGAUCCUGGAUGUUUAUUAAAGACAAUCACGGAGUCCCUGUUAAAUAAAUUCUCACAUCAUGGUCCUGUUUGAUUUGCAGCUAGCACUGGGCUUAGUUAAAUAACCAUUCCUCUUAACUCUCCCUCAUCAAAUGGACAUUAUAUCCAACAUGAAGUCGCUCAGUCCCAAUUGUCAGCUUGGCGGUUCCAAUACAAUGGAGAGGGAGAGAGUGAGAAGCUCAUUGUGUGUCCUUAACAUGUUGUAAUUGCCUGGGUACUCUUCUGUCAUUCACAGAGAGAGGCAAAUGAUGUGUCAGGCCAGACUCCACUAGGACUCGUCUCUGGCAACGUCCCAAAUGGCACCCUAUUCCCAAUAUAGUACACUACUUUUGACCAUAGCCCUAUAAAGGGAAUAGGGUGCACUAUAAAGGGAAUAGGGUGCCAUUUGGGACACAAUCUCAGUGUUGCCAGGGAAACAUGUUAGCAGUGUGGUCAGAAAGACCUCAGGUUGGGUACACUUUAAGCAUCAGUUGUCAGAGCACCUUACCGAUCACUGCACAUGUACACAUCCCAUCUGAAAUUAGCCCACCCAACUACCUCAUCCCUAUAUUGUUAUUUAUUUUGCUCUUUUGCACCCCAGUAUCUCUAUUUGCACAUAAUCUCUUGCACAUCUAGCAUUCCAGUGUUAAUACUAAUUGUAAUUUUUUGCACUAUAGCCUAUUUAUUGCCUUACCUCCAUAACUUGCUACAUUUGCACACACUGUAUAUAUAUUUUCUGUUGUAUUUUUUGACUUUAUGUUUUUUUUACCCCAUAUGUAACUCUGUGUUGUUGUUUUUAUCGCACUGCUUUGCUUUAUCUUGGCCAGGUCGCAGUUGUAAAUGAGAACUUGUUCUCAACUGGCUUACCUGGUUAAAUAAAGGUGAAAUUAACAAAAAAAAAAAAAAAAAAAAAAAAAUCCUAAAUCGGAAGGCUGUGGCUCACAGUUCACAACAUGAAGAUAGCAGCUUCCUACAAUCUGAGGCGACUGUCAAUGCGGAAUGUCUUAUUUAUGGGUUUACUUAUUCCAGCAUAAUGUAUGUAUAUUAUGGCUUGGCAACUUGUUGUUAUUUGUGUGUAGUUCAGUAAGUAGCCUGUCCUUUACGGUUAAAAUAUUAACAGUGUCACCAUCCAUUUAAUAAUAAUAAGCCAUUUAGCAGACGCUUUUAUCCAAAGCGACUUACAGUCAUGCGUGCAUACAUUUUUUUGUGUAUGGGUGGUCCCGGGGAUCAAACCCACUACCUUGGCGUUACAAGCGCCGUGCUCUACCAGCUGAGCUACAGAGGACCACACAUAGUAUUUACACAUAGUAUUCUAACAAAGUGGAUAUGCUCAGGUAUAAAUUGCCUCUGAGAUACCCUGCUGAGUUUAAAGCGUGAUUACAGCUUAUAUAUUCACCACCUAAUUGUUCCAUUUCACACAGAGUUCCCCAUCCCACAGCUUUUUAAAUAUCCAUCUGUCAUUUUGCAUAUUAUUUUAUAGCCUCAUAUUUAUUCCCUGUGUUGUUUCUGUAGCUCAAUUGGUAGAGCAUGGCACUUGUAACGCCAGGGUAGUGGGUUCGAUCCCCGUGACCACCCAUGCGUAAAGAUGUAUGCACACAUGAUUGUAAGUCGCUUUGGAUAAAAGUGUCUGCUAAAUGGCAUAUUAUUAUUAUUAUAUUAUAUGAGAAAUAAGCUGCGCCACUAUCCAUCUUGCAUCUUAGCAUGCCAUUGCAAACAUUACUGUAGGACUUUUAGAAAUACUUAAAGGGCGACUGCACUUCCUAAUUUGGCCUUGUUUUUCAUCAUUUCAAUGCUCAUUAAGAAAUGCUAGCGGCCAUGACUGAAGGGAAACGAGAGUUGUCUUGGGCUGUGGUUUGAUGUGGGUGUUUCUUGGGUGUGUCUUUGCCAUUCAAUCACAACAAACAAGGACAGUAGCUAGCCAGUUCGAGUUGAAACAUUAUUAAAAGCAAGCAUGACUAAAACAUUCCAAGGCAUUUCAUUCACCCUUGUCCCUUGUGCUGUUACAUCAUAUGAAGGGUUCAGAAGUCUUAUGGAAAAUAGCUUUAGAGGGGCCUGCUUUCUUUCUCCAUGUCAUGACUGUGAAGUUAUUUCAACAACACGUGUUUUAAACACCCCUCAACAUCAUAAUGACCUUCCACUUCUGCCCUGGAUGGAUCGGAUCAGUGCUGCACUAACAUGGGAUAGUAUAGCGUGAGAUGACAACAGCAAGUCACCGCCAUAGGGAGUAAAUGUGCCAGGCAGCCUCUACGAGCCACGCGCCACUGAAGCACAUCUGAACAUAUUUCAACUCUGUGAAUCCCUCAUGCAAGUUAUGCACUAAACUGCUUUCAAUGCUAACUCUCAAAGGGGUUCUCUACCUGUUGUGUAGUUACUGCCGCGCUACGCUGCAUCUUCAGUCAUCACGGCUAAAUAAAAAGGAGAUGCCUCUUUUCAAAGUCACCCUCAUAUCCAGGGCACUCACUUAUGUAUCUGCAAAGUACUGUAUUUGAUAGGCUUUUGCAGUUGCAAUAAGGCACCGGUAUCGCUUGAUUCACUUAUAUGAGCAUAAUCACACUUGAAGGUUGUGUCCCUGAAUUUGAAAUGAAUGACAGUCAGUUAUGACUCUGGGAACUUUCAGUUGUACUGCAGAGAAUCACCUAGAAAUACGUGGCAAACACCAGAUGUUCAUGUCUCUGAUGAAAUAGUGGCCUGCAUAAGGUGGAAUAUGGUCCACAUCUGUGAGACAUUGUACCUCACUGUUCCUGCAUCCUUCCUCUCAGAGUAGCUGUACAGUAAAACAGUUUCUGAUUAGCAAGCUGCUGUCUCCUCUCUUUCAUUCUAAUCCAUCCCCAACAAUGGACAUCUGCUUACCUCUGUGUGUUUUCAGAACACAAAACCGCUCGCCCAGUGUCUGACGGCAUUGUCUCUCUCACGGCAGUAUGCUAUAUCGAUAGCAAGGAUAGUUUCUCUCUCCGAUACAGCUCUUUAUUGUUCCAAAAUUAUUUGUUGUAGCCUCUCGUUUGACUUCAUUGUCUCAGUGUUUUCACAUAUACUCCUCUUUAAAAGAACCGAUCUCAGUCCUCUUUAAAAUUAACUCUGGGGUAAAAAAAAAAAAAAAGCGAAAGAACUCAGUUCUCUUUGUAUUCACACUGCCCUUGCCUUUAAAUGAGGACUCAACUCUUUUGCCAGUUGUCUUCAGCUAUUUUGUGGUCCGGGUCCUCUUUACAUUCACAUUGCUAUGUUUAGAAAGGAACCAAUAUCUUUUUCCAACAUUCACUUUACAAAGUGCAGGACAAGCCAUUCCAUCAGAAUGUGUUUUUCGGACAGCUAGAUAUACUGUACCUACUUACGUUUUGGAAGCUAAUAGAUUGCAUUUAGUUAAAAGAUUAGACAUAAUAAUUUUAAUAAGAAGAUACUAUUAACAUGCAAAUAAUAUUGGUAAUAGAAUAAAUAGCAGAAGAAUAACUGCAGAUUAAAUAAGGCUGUAAUUACUGCUGUAAUUAUCUGCACCUUUAAGAGCUAGAAUGGAUUUUGUACUCUAUGCUUUGAAUCUUACCAAAUAUGUUGUCUUUUCACACUACUCAAACCCCACAAUUGAAUAAACACCUUAUGAAGCUCUCUUAGCCUAUAGAUCACAUAUUGCAAAAAAUUAUCUGAACUAAAAAUUAAAACACAUAUUUUGAAAUUUAUGUGCAUCCUUGACAAUCGCUAAUCAAUAUCCAAUCAUCUUCUCUCUUUUGUGGCACCAAUGAGAGGGUUUAUGGCAGGGGAAACGGUGUUGCAGUAGGCUAGUGUGUGGUGCGGAAAUAAUGACAAGCCAACCUGGGGAGCUUUGUGUUCACAUUGCCAUAAUAAAGGGAACCGGACCGUGGAAUUCAAGCGAACCGAACUCAGACCACCUCUCGAGGUUCGUUUCGUGGGCUGUCUUGGCAGCAGAGCUGGUAGCAGUACUUUGGCAAUGGUCCAUACUUCGGCUAGUUUAUCAUUAUGCCCAGUGAAAAAGUGGCCUGAGAAUUCUCCACCACUCGAGAAGGCUCCGUAGAUUGAUCAUGUUAGCCCGGCCGUCUCUCUCUGAAGGCUGCAUUGGGCCAAGAAGUCCCCCCGAGUAGGUGUAGGACAAGCCUUCCCUAGUAACCUAGUCUGUCCAAACAGGAAAAAACGCCAUCUGUCAAGCAGACGAUGCAAUAAUACAUAAUUGGAAAUUAAGACGGAAGCAGCCGGGCCAGGCCUGCGCCUCAAGGUCCUCCUUCCCUCGUCCUAGGCUACAAUCGUGUGCCAACUUCCUCUGCCAUUUGGAUCUCAGUGACAGAGAUCAUCCUGGGUUUUAGCGCACGACUUUGCUACAGCUAAAGUGCUUAUCCUUGAUUUAUAGUUUGGCGAGAGUUAUAUUUCUCCUAUUGCAAAUGAGACCAUUUUCAGAUGUCACAGUGGCAUGAUUUACUCGACGGUCGGGUCCAAGACAUUUUCGUGGACAUAUUUAGAAUCUAUUUCUCAUCUGAUUGUGAACGUUCGGUUCUGAGACUGGUGUUGUUUUGGGCCAACUGUUUCUCUGAUAUAUCUGUAGUCUGUGGUCCUCUGUAGCUCGAUUGGUAGAGCAUGGCGCUUGUAACGCCAGGGUAGUGGGUUCGAUCCCCGGGACCACCCAUACGUAAAAAUGGAUGCACACAUGACUGUAAGUCGCUUUGGAUAAAAGCGUCUGCUAAAUGGCAUAUUAUAUAUUAUUAUCUCGGGGACAACUACGUCAUUGUGCCUGGGGACAGGCUGCAGGGCUGCAGUUCCUUUCUGCAGUAGACCCAUGCAGAGGUAUGGCUGCUGUGUGGUGCGUUAAGGUGCAGGAGCAACUAGCCAGUCACCUGCUCCUCCUGUCCUGCUGUACUUGUAAAGUGUGUCAGCUCCUCCAGGUUUGAGUGUAAUUAGGACACAGAGAAAGAGCCACAGAUCCCAAGGAUCCCACCGCCCCCCUCCUGUCCCCCACCCCCUGUCCAAAUCAGAUGUCCGUGUCCGUGAGCACAGCAGAACCUGUUCAGCACAAGGCACAGGCAGCACAUCCUACUUUUGGAGGUCCACCUAGGGCCCAGUGUUUUGGGGAGGUUAGCUGAGGUUGUUGAGCUUUGCUUCAGCCUGUUGAUCAUCGAACCCUCUGUCUGAGUAGGGAAUGACACCUGGGUCCUAUUAAUUAGUGCACAGCGUAGCAAAAAGUUUCGCAACAUUUCAAGUAGGCCUUCCCCGUUUCGGCCCGUUGGCUUCCGUUUUGUCCCUAUUGAAUACACCCCUGCUUAGGUGGGUUAGAGUGGGUUAUGUGUGUCUGGUUUAGAGUCAGCCAAUUCCCUUACAAAAAAAGAUUGCAGUUUUGAAACUGCAGUAAAAGUGUAGAAACUGCAGUUGACUGUGGUAUUUUGGACAAAGUAAUUGCAGAAUAUCUGCAGUGUACUGCAGUUGAACUGCAGUUAUACUGCACUGUAACUGCAGUUACACUGCAAAAUUACUGUAGUAAAAAAAAACUGUUAUUUUGGACACAGUAUUUGCAGCCUACUGCAUUUGGACUGCACUUUAACUGCAGUAAUACUGCAUUGUACUUCAGUUAAACUGCAGUCUGACUGCAAUCUUUUUUUCGUAAGGGUUGCAUCUGAAGUUCACAAUACAAGGACAUGCCUUCAAGUCCCAGCUUUGGUUUCAGACUAACAAAUAGCAUUUAGACUACUGUAUUUUCACCUCCAAAUUCCUAUUGUAUAAUGGCAGCAGUGGAAUGAGGUCAGGGACGGCUUAGUCGCUAUACCGAGCUACUGUAUUGCAUCAAAUGCCUUGUAGUCAACAAGCCUAUUGGCUUUACAAGGACUUUGAGGUCACACAGCCAGCUUUGCAGUUUUUUGCAGACUAAAACCAACAACAAUAUAAGCUACUCAUAGUUGACACUGUAGUAUGGUUUUGUAAAACAAGAACAUUUAGUAACUUCCUUUUGGAAAUGUAGAUCCUCAAUGAGAUUAUUUAUCAAUGAUUUCUUUGUAAAUGUCUCUCAUGGUCUGGGUUGUAGUUUGAUUUCCUUACCGCGUCUGGAAGUCUAGAAGUUUGUUAUUGAUCCUCUCUAUUUGGAUGUCGGCCCAGAGGAUGUCAUAGUAGCCGUUGACGGUGUCGAUGACACUGUUGUAGAGUCCGUAGAGCUUCUGGAGGAGGGUGAGCUGUCUCCUGAUCUCCAGCAGCUGAGGGUGUUGGGUCACAUAUAUUUUAAGCCACUAAAGUUCCUAAACAAUUGUUCCCUCUCUUUUCUCCCAUCCAGGUGGUUGCAUAUCACUACUGCCAGGCUGACAACACCUACACCUGCCUGGUGCCAGAGUUUGUGCACAGUAUCGCCGCCCUGCUGUGCAGAGCACCCCAGCUCGCCGCCUACAGAGAACUGCUGCUGAAGGAACCCCAUCUACAGAGCACGCUCAGUCUGCGCUCCUGUGUCCAGGACCCUAUGGCAGCCUUCCGCAGGGGCGUGCUGGAACCACUGGCCGACCUCCGCAAGGGUACGAUGCUAAGCUAGGUUCAUUCAUAUCUGACUGUCUCACUGUCACUGGUGUUCAUGGUCCAAAAUGGACUCACAAUGUUAUAAUCUAGGCCUUCAGUGGCUCAGGGUUUGUAGCAAGUGUAUUCUAACUAAUUGAACCACAGGUUUGCUCAGAUAUCUAGUCUAGACUGUGUAGAGAGCGACAUAUACUGACCAUUCCAAGGUGACCUUCGGUCUCGUAAAAAAUCACAGACAGGCUAACUAACUAUGGUCACUCCAGAGACCGUUUACUGUGCUUUUCACUUCGUCCAGCUAGCUAAGAUAAAUGAGGGUUCCAUUUCUUCCACAAAGGAACUGAAAUGGGUUAAGCUCUGGCCUUACUGAGGAAGAAACAUCUGCAGGGACAUUGUUAAUUGCUUAGUGUAGCCACUCUGUGUUUGCUCUGACAUGGCAUUGAUUUUAAUUGAUUUUACGCUAAAUGGUUAGCGGUACAUUGUUAUUGUCGUCACGGUAGAAGAAUACAAUGUCUCUGAGGAAGCCUGCGUCUCGUGACUUUUGUACACUACAUGACCAAAAGUAUGUGGACACCUGCUCGUCGAACAUCUCAUUCCAACAUCAUGGUCAUUAAUAUGGAGUUGGUACCCACUUUGCUGCUAUAACACCCUCCACUCUUCUGGGAAGGCUUUCCACUAGAUGUUGGAACAUUGCUGUGGGGACUUGAUCCAUUCAGCCACAAGAGCAUUAGUGAGGUUGGGCAAUGAUGUUGGCGAUUGGGCCUGGCUCAUAGUCGGGGUUCCAAUUCAUCCCAAAGGUGUUCGAUGGGGUUGAGGUCAGGGCUCUGUGCAGGCCAGCCAAGUUCUUCCACACCGAUCUCGACAAACCCUUUCUGUAUGGACCUCGCUUUGUGCACGGGGGCAUUGUAAUGCUGAAACAGGAAAGGGCCUUCCCCAAACUGUUACCGCAAAGUUGGAAGCACAGAAUCGUCUAGAAUGUCAUUGUAUGCUGUAGCGUUAAGACUUCCCUUCACUGGAACUAAGGGGUCUAGCCCGAACCAUGAAAAACAGCCCCAGACCAUUAUUCAUCCUCCACCAAACUUUACAGUUGGCACUAUGCAUUCAGGCAGGUAGCAUUCUCCUGCCAUCCGCCAAACCCAGAUUUGUCCGUCGGACUGCCAGAUGGUGAAGCGUGAUUCAUCACUCCAGAGAACACGUUUCCACUGCUCCAGAGACCAAUGGCGGCGAGCUUUACACCACUCCAGCCGAUGCUUGACAUUGUGCAUGAUGAUCUUAGGCUUGUGUGCGGCUGCUCGGCCAUGGAAACCCAUUACAUUAAGCUCCCGAUGAACAGUUCUUGUGCUGACGUUGCUUCCAGAGGCUUCAGCACUUGGCGGUCCCGUUCUGUGAGCUUGUGUGGCCUACCACUUCACGGCUGAGCCGUUGUUGCUCUUAGAUGUUUCCACUUCACAAUAACAGCACUUACAGUUGACAAGGGCAGCUCUAGCAGGGCAGAAAUGUAACUAAUUUGUUGGAAAGGUGGCAUCCUAUGACACUGCCACAUUGAAAGUCACUGAGCUCUUCAGUAAGGCCAUUCUACUGCCAAUGUUUGUCUAUGGAGAUUGCAUGGCUGUGUGCUCGAUUUUAUACACCUGUCAGCAACAGGUGUGGCUGAAAUAGCCAAAUCCAGUCAUUUGAAGGGGUGUCCACAUACUUUUGUAUAUAUAGUGUAUCUCUCCAAGGCAGACAGACAGACAGACGCACAACUAUCUCAAGGUCAUCAUGGUCCAUUCUGCACACACGCGACCCACCAUUUUCCCAGUGCUCUACACUGAAUCAAUAUGUUAUUACAGGAGCCUAAACAGCCAAUAUAGAUAAACCCAGUGUUUGUAUGAUGGAGAUGGAAAAGAAUGAUAAUCAAUGUGCAGGGCACAGAGCAGAGGAGUGGGCAGACAGGCAUGCAGCAGCUCUCCUGUGAUGUUAGGGUGGACCGUGAUGGUCCCCCUCUCAUGCCGCCUCCCCCGCUGCCUCCCCUCAUGACUUCCACCGUUCCUUAUUGAAAUGAAUGGCCUGUUUGAUUGGCCUGGUCGCUUGGGCUUGAUAAGGGAGAAAAACUUGUUGAUUUGUCCACUCCGUCAAAACGAGAAACCUGCAUCGGAGCUUUGCACAGCCAUAUUAGAAAGGACUUAGCCAGCCCUAGGCUUGAGGCUUUUCAAAAAUGAAGAAAAACGUCUGAUUCUGAUUGCCAGGAGUAUAUUUAACAGAAUAAAGUUUUAAUGGGGGUUUGGUUGGUGCAAAUCUGAUUUUGACAUUCCAACUGGGAAUUUUUCUGUUGUGAAUAUUUUAGCGUGUGUCUGAUCGUCAAUGUGAGGAGGAACCCCAGAAAAAGGUAUAUAUUCCAAAUGGUACCCUAUUCCUUACACUCUUAGAAAAAAGGGUUCCAAAAUGGUUCUUCGGAAAGGGUUCUACAUGAUAUUGCAGUGAAGUAGAGCACAUCACUUAGCGCACUGCACUGUAGAUACGGCUGCCGACACACUCAUGUUCAUUCAUUACUGCGCUAGCUGCUGUGGAGAUGUGGGAGAAUAGUAGAGAAAACCUUCUUAAGAUGACUUAAGGCACAGCAAGGCAGUACAAGAUUGUCUAUAGAGUAUGGUGUCCAACUAAUGUUUUACUCUGUACGUUCAGUUCUUAUAUUUAUUUACACGUUUCUGGCAGCAGCUUGUCUAUAUUUUAUGAGCCAAAAUAAAACAUGGAAAAGAUUAAACUUCUCUGCAAUAUGUCAUGAUGACUUGACCUGAAAGGUUUGCAUUUAUCGACUUGACCCUUAAGGUUUGUGAAUUUUCUAUUUGUUUCUUUCCACCGUGACCCCUGUUGACCCCUCUCUGGUUGUUUUCAGAGAGGAAGAUUCCUGAGGAAGACCACAUCAUCCUGAUAGACGGGCUGAACGAGGCAGAGUUUCACAAGCCAGACUACGGAGACACCAUCACCUCCUUCAUCACUAAGAUCAUCUCUAAGUUCCCCUCCUGGCUCAAACUGCUGGUCACUGUCCGAGUCAACCUACUGGUGAGGAACACUCCAACUGUACAUGGUGUAAUACUAUACAAGUAAGAUUGCAAAAUUCCAGUAACUUUCCCAAAAUUCCCAGGAAUCAGGAGGUAAUAAAUAGGAAAUCUGGAAUCCUCCUACCAGGACUCCUGGAAAACCUGGGAAUUUUGGGAAAGUUGCCAGAUUUUUGCAACCCCACUCCCACUGUAGAUGGUGUAAUAUUGUACAAGUCAUGUACAAAUUACUUGAGAGGGAUAUUAUGUAUUCUGCCUAAUUGUUAGCAUCUAAAUAUUUCACCAUAGAGGUGUUCAUGUUGAAAUCCUACGGUAUAAUUCAUGAAUUCAUUGAAUUGACAGCACUCCAUGGGAGCUUCACUGAAUUCAAGUGCCAUCUCAGCACAUCUUACAGUUUAGACAGAACUUGCGAAUUUCAAGUGAAUAAGAUACUUUUACAACCACCGUUGGUAUGUGUGGGUAUCAAUAUUUGAUACCUCUCUCACUGAGUGACACAAACACUGGCAGAUCCUGACAAGUGUAAAAGUUAAACUGCUUUAGGAAGGGUUUUAUCCUUGUCAUGCACUGUCCUCUACAAAGUAUCAUUUCUGUCGAGUGCAUUGACAACGGUACUGGAAAGGGAGUAGGAGAAGUAGCACUGUAACAGUGACCCGGGAAACGACUGCAUAACAAGGGAACACGCAGACAAGAGCCACUGACUGAAAUUUACACUGAGUCUACCAAUGGAGGAGAGGAGUUGAGCUGGCCUGUGUCCCAAAUGGCACCCUAUUCCCUAUAUACUACCGUUGACCUACUUUUAAGAUGCCGCUGUCCAUGUAGCCUGUAGUCUGAGCCUUGGGAUAAUGUGGCACCUGACUGACAGCCUUAUCUGUACCAGCUCCAGACAUUAAUGCUUUCUCAGCCACUAUGGCUCUUUCUGGCCACGGGUACCGCCACCUGUCAGUAUGCAUGGGUAGUUACACUGUACUGCAGCCAGGGGAGCAUAGCAGGCAGCACUCAUUAAUCUAUCUAUGCUGUUCGGUUGUGCGUGUGUGUGUGUGUGUUUGGUUUACCUAUCCUUGUGGGACCAGAAGUUCUAGGAAGGAUAGUAAAACAAGGAAAAGUGGGGACAUUUCGCCAACCCCCACAAGGAAAAAGGUUAUUUUAGGCUUAGGGGUUAGGUUUAAGGUUAGGGUUACAAUUAGGCUUACUGUUAGAAUUAGGGUUAGGUUUAGGGUUUGGGUUAGGGUUAGGGGUUAGUGAAAAUAGGAUUUUGAAUGGGAAUAAAUUGUUUGGUCCUCACAAGGAUAGUACAAAAACGUGUGUGUGUGUUUUUCAUGACUUCAGAAUUGACAUUUUUGGCAAGGUUCCAUGAAUGUGUGAAGGGGUAGGGGGGUAGGGCGUUAUCCUCAUUUUGUAUUCAGUUCAUUUUCCCCUUUGUUUUGAUUCAUCCUCGCAUGGUGUGGGGGAUUCUGUGAUGUGGAAAGUUUUUCGGGAUGAUAGCCCGUCUGUAUAGCCAGCGUGAGAAAGAUCCAUGUAGGCUGGAUGUGAUUGACAUGGUGAAACAGUUUAAAUUGGGAGAGAAGGAGUGUUAGAACCCCUAGACCAGAGAGAGGAUUUCUCAUGUUUAUGUUCAUUGGGAUUUCUGGGUUGAGUUGGGAUUAGGCUACAUGUCAUGUCAAAAUAGAUUAAUCCAUCAUCCCAAAAAAUAAAGUAUAAAGGCUGAUGGAUUAGUCAACCAGAGGAAACAGUUCAAACAUGCAACAUUCUGGUAACUUUCCCAGGUUUUCCAGAAAUCCCUGUUGGAAGAUUCCAGGAAGUGGAAGGCAAUGAGCAGGAAAAUCCGGAAUCCUUUCUGGAAAACCUGAACAUUUUCUAGAAAACCUGGGUAGUUACUGUAAUUUUGCAACCCUAGGCAGGCCCUUGGAUACAACCAUUCUCUCCUUAUGCAGUAGGUUGGAUCAGUGGAGACUAGAGCCAGGUGAGUGUUACCUCAUCCUCACACAAGUGUAAACAAGAUCUCGGGGGGAAAGUCGCUCACAAUGGCUAACCCUACAGACUGAUAACUGUGAGAUGUUCUUUGGUGAGGUGUUGCUCACAGACACCUUGUUCAGCCUGUGUAUUAUUCAGUGUGUUUUCGGUCUCUUUUCUUCCUCCUUUCUCUUUCUCUCUGUCUAUCUCCCUCUCUUCUCCCUCUCUCUCACUUUCGGUCUCUCCCUCUCUCUCUCUCUCUCUCUCUCUCUCUCUCUCUCUCUGAGAAGAAGGUGUUAUCUCUGGGCUGCAUUACCCAGAAAGGCAGGGAGAUUGCAGCAGGAUUAAGGUGGAUUGAUUUCUCUGACCCUGAGGAGUGAGAUUGAAGUGUGGGCCCGCUAAAAGUGUCCCCAAUGGCCCCAUCUCUUACUCUCUCCAGCUCUCAGUCUCCCAGUUCACAAAGCCUUUGUUUGCAAACACAGCGGCGAGUGUCUGCCGAUAGCUUAGUCCUCCAGCUAGCCCUGUGCUUACUGACCUUGGGCUGAUAGGAAGAGCUGGAGGAUCCACACAUGAUACAGCCCUCAUGGAGAGUAGAAGAUUGUCCAUUUAGUUCUUCAUUUUGCGCUUGUUUCUGUGGUCAGGAGAGAUAACAUUGUGGAAUAUACAUUUAGAAUUCUGGGCAUACGCUUAGGUGUAAAUUAUAUAGUUGAUUUUGUAUUUUUCUGUAAAACCGUAUUGACUAUAACUAUAUACAGUGGGGAGAACAAGUAUUUGAUACACUGCCGAUUUUGCAGGUUUUCCUACUUACAAAGCAUGUAGAGGUCUGUAAUUUUUAUCAUAGGUACACUUCAACUGUGAGAGACAGAAUCUAAAACAAAAAUCCAGAAAAUCACAAUGUAUGAUUUUUAAGUAAUUAAUUUGCAUUUUAUUGCAUGACAUAAGUAUUUGAUCACCUACCAACCAGUAAGAAUUCCGGCUCUCACAGACCUGUUAGUUUUUCUUUAAGAAGCCCUCCUGUUCUCCACUCAUUACCUGUAUUAACUGCACCUGUUUGAACUCGUUACCUGUAUAAAAGACACCUGUCCACACACUCAAUCAAACAGACUCCAACCUCUCCACAAUGGCCAAGACCAGAGAGCUGUGUAAGGACAUCAGGGAUAAAAUUGUAGACCUGCACAAGGCUGGGAUGGGCUACAGGACAAUAGGCAAGCAGCUUGGUGAGAAGGCAACAACUGUUGGCGCAAUUAUUAGAAAAUGAGGGAUCAGCCCAGAACUACACGGCACGACCUGGUCAAUGACCUGAAGAGAGCUGGGACCACAGUCUCAAAGAAAACCAUUAGUAACACACUACGCCGUCAUGGAUUAAAAUCCUGCAGCGCACGCAAGGUCCCCCUGCUCAAGCCAGCACAUGUCCAGGCCCGUCUGAAGUUUGCCAAUGACCAUCUGGAUGAUCCAGAGGAGGAAUGGGAGAAGGUCAUGUGGUCUGAUGAGACAAAAAUAGAGCUUUUUGGUCUAAACUCCACUUGCCGUGUUUGGAGGAAGAAGAAGGAUGAGUACAACCCCAAGAACACCAUCCCAACCGUGAAGCGUGGAGGUGGAAACAUCAUUCUUUGGGGAUGCUUUUCUGCAAAGGGGACAGGACGACUGCACCGUAUUGAGGGAAGGAUGGAUGGGGGCAUGGAUCGCAAGAUCUUGGCCAACAACCUCCUUCCCUCAGUAAGAGCAUUGAAGAUGGGUCGUGGCUGGGUCUUCCAGCAUGACAACGACCCAAAACACACAGCCAGGGCAACUAAGGAGUGGCUCCGUAAGAAGCAUCUCAAGGUCCUGGAGUGACCUAGCCAGUCUCCAGACCUGAACCCAAUAGAACAUCUUUGGAGGGAGCUGAAAGUCCGUAUUGCCCAGCGACAGCCCCAAAACCUGAAGGAUCUGGAGAAGGUCUGUAUGGAGGAGUGGGCCAAAAUCCCUGCUGCAGUGUGUGCAAACCUGGUCAAGACCUACAGGAAACGUAUGAUCUCUGUAAUUGCAAACAAAGGUUUCUGUACCAAAUAUUAAGUUCUGCUUUUCUGAUGUAUCAAAUACUUAUGUCAUGCAAUAAAAUGCAAAUUAAUUACUUAAAAAUCAUACAAUGUGAUUUUCUGGAUUUUUUAUUUUAUUUUUAAGUUCAACAAAGGGUUUAAGUAUGUUAAAGGGAAAUAUUAAGAGUAGGAUGGAGGAUCCGUGCUGGGAUCCAAAAGGGCUGUGUAGUGUAAUGGCUAAAAAAAUAGGUAGGGGGGGUACUGGACCAAAUAGAAGACUGGACAGGAUGGAUAAAAUGCAAAUGAAUUACUUAAAAAUCAUACAAUGUGAUUUUCUGGAUUUUUGUUUUAGAUUCCGUCUCUCACAGUUGAAGUGUACCUAUGAUAAAAGUAGGAAAACCUGCAAAAUCGGCAGUGUAUCAAAUACUUGUUCUCCCCACUGUAUAUUAGCCCACAUUUGCAUAAUAUAACUCACCAACAGUAACUAUUGAAUCGUUCAAGCUAGAUACACCAAACCAUCUUUCAUGUGUUCAAGCUAUCCUAACUUGUCAUCUACCUACUUUUUCAACUAUAAACAGUCACCACCAUUACUACUGCAGAUACUACCACUACUAUAACGUAUUUCAAAACCAUACAUACUUUAAAACAUGCUAGCAAACACCACAUUUUCUUCAGGAAAUGUACUUUUCAGUGAUCACUGUUAGCCUAAAGAGUUAAACUAUUAGGUCUACAUACUUCUUCAACUACCACACAUUUUUUUUAAAGAGCUGUCAUCACUAGAUGCACCAUCAUAUUUCUCUCCCCAAAUAACAGCCUAAAACUUUCUAAUCAUUACAUCAUCAGCCAUCUAAAAUCAAACUUAAUUUACAUUGAACAUUUUACAAAAGUCAAUUGUGCAUCUAUUUAUCUGAAACCCACAGCAUGAAUGAUUCAGAGUUGCUUUGCUUUCCUAAGACUGUUGGUCCACAUGAUCCUGCGUUUUAUUCCCAUCUUCUGACAGAUCUCUUUGUCCUAUAUAUUUAUUCUUUUAGUUUUCACAUGCAACAACUGUAGUUCAGACAUUUUUGUGAUCUAACUGCCCCACAAUCCAAAGUAAUAUGGUUGAUAUAGUAGUCUAUCAAAGUAAUCAGACCAAUUAUUUUACUACUGUAUCUGCUUUGCUUUAAAUAGUAAAAUAUAACUUUUUAAACUUCUACCACAACCACAAAAAACUGUUUAAAGUGUUAAAGCAAGUCCCACCAAUUGUACUUCAUGUACAAUUACCAUCUAGUUGUUUUACCCACUUUGUCAUUUACUUAUACACAGAAUUUUCUGUAUGGGUGAUGGUACUGUAGAACAAAUAUUUAUAAUAUAAUUAAGCAAUAAGGCCUGAGGGCUGUUCUUCGUGCUAGGACACAGCCCUUAGCCGUGGUAUAUUGGCUAUAUAUCACAAACCCCAGAGGUGCCUUAUUGCUAUUAUAAACUGGUUACCAACGUAAUUAGAGCAGUAAAAAUAAAUGUUUUGUCAUACCCAUGGUAUACGGCCUGAUAUACCACGGCUUUCAGCCAAUCAGCAUUCAGGGCUCGAACCACCCAGUUUAUAAUAUAACAACAUAAUAUUCAAGUGCAGUAGUAAAUCUAAUGACCAUGUGCUUGUGUCUUCCGUAGGAAAUCACCAGCCUCCUCCCCUUCUCCAAGAUCUCCCUGGACGAAUUCCCAGAGAACAAGGAGAUCAACACGGACCUCAACGCCUACAUCCAGUACCGCAUCAACGGCAGCAAGGACAUCAUGAACAACAUCUCCCUCAAUGGCAAGGCCGACCCCGUCAUCGUGGGCAAGGUGAGCAGCCACCUGAUCGCCCGCAGCCAGGGUUCCUACCUGUACCUCAAACUGACCCUGGACCUGUUCGAGAGGGGCCACCUGGUCAUCAAGAGCGCCAGCUACAAGGUGGUGCCCGUGUCGCUGGCCGAGCUCUACUUGCUCCAAUGCAAUAUGAAGUUCAUGACCCAGUCGGCUUUCGAGCGCUCGCUGCCCAUCCUCAACGUUGCGCUGGCAUCGCUGCACCCCAUGACAGACGAGCAGCUGUUCCAUGCCAUCAACGCGGGCGCCGUGCGCGGCGAGCUGCCCUGGGGCGACUUCCAGCAGCGCAUGGAGACGCUGUCCUCUUUCCUCAUCAAGCGUCGGGACAAGACGCGUAUGUUUUGCCACCCGUCCUUCAGAGAGUGGCUGGUGUGGAGGGCGGAUGGAGAGAGCACCGACUUCUUCUGUGACCCCAGGUGAGUUAGGCUAACUCAAAUUUACCCAGGUUAGUUAGGCGAACUCAAGCUCAAUCAGUGAGUUAGGCAAACUCAAACUUACCCAGUGGAACCCACUCAAAACCUGCCUACCAUAUUCUGUCAGGGGGUUAAUACUGACAGUAGAGUUUUUAUCAGCAAUACAUUCAUAGUAUUAGGGCCCUAUAAAAUCUGUUUUAUUUUGUGCCUGAUUCCAUUUAGUUUUUUCCAAAAUUCUGUUUUCUCGGUUUUGUUUUUCCAGGUUUCUUUGCUCUCGAAAUCACAUAUUUUUAAUAGGAAAAAAACAAAUUGCAUGUUUUAAGUCCACAACAAUGCUUAAACCACAUCAAGAGACCACUUUUGAGGUCUGGGAAAAAUCAAAUUCAUUUUGCAAGUGCCCACCAGCCAGAGACUGGUGUUUCUGUAGCGCUCAGGUGAUUGCAGAGUUUGCAAAAGAAAUGGCCACUGGAUUGAUGCAGAUAAUCAUGACAUCAUUCUGCCAGGUAGGCAUAGGCUAAUUUGUAGUUAACAUUUCAUUGAGAAGGUUUUUGGGAAAGCCUUUCCAUCUACCAACAGACUGUUAUCAUUAGCAUUAUCGCUAACAGCUACACAAAGUGAAGACUAGACAUACGCGGCGCACCGUACACAACACACAUAGACAGGGGCAUUCCUGUGCUGUUUCAGAAAGUUGCUGGAAUAUACGAAUCACUGAUGCAUUUUGUUAAUGUCUUAUGAUUAACUUGUGCAAAUUCAUGCAUUUUCUAAUAAGUUCAAUACAUUAAGUUGAUUUCCUAUUCAAUACAUUUUUUAAUAUUGUUGAAUCCAUUAAAUAUGUCUUGAUUCCGUGAUGCCGUCCACGUUUUCCGCAACGCAGAUUUUAUAGGGCACUAGGAUAUUUAUCUUUUCAGUCAUUCAAUUGUGUUAAAUGGAAAAUACACCCUCUCUAUCAUGAGUGAAAUAUAUGUGGUUGCCUAGGGAUGGCUUACUCUGGCAUUUCUGCUAGCACUCAGAAGGAGAAUACAUAAUUAGUGUACCUUGUUUGGCUCUGCGUAUUCUGCUCUUCAAAUGCUUUUUAAAAUGUAAAUAGCGAGGGAGACAGCCUACCAUUUUGUUUGAGGAACAGACAAGCUCAAGCCAGUUUUGAAGGGUGGUUUGUGCACUAAAGAGGGAGAACAUUCCCAUCAAUAAGAAGUUGUGCGUGACUCAUCUCUGCCUGGGAGACUGAUGAUGUCUGUUUCUUCGCUUGAAGAGGAAAUCGAACAUUCAAGACAACGUCAACUUUGAGUUAUAUCAAUCCACUCCUUUUCACUCAGUCAGAUAUGUUAUUGCUCCCUAGUUUGUAUACUGCCAUUGAUUGAAACACAGGGGUAGGCUACUUGUGUAAUCCCCAAGGGGGUAGAGGACGACGUUUCGCUACAGAACAAAUGAUGGAAUUUACAGCUCAACUCUGAAACAGAAGCUGACAAGUUAUAUUUCUUCCUGUUGCUGUUAAGCUGUGCUCUGCUGGGUGAGGAAGCUAGCCAGGGGAAGUAGUGGUCUGGUCAAAAAUAGCGCACUAAAUAGUUGAAUAGGGUUCCAUUUGGGACGCAGACGAUGUUGUUUGGCAGAAACACAGGGGUUGUCACUAUACAUCGUAGGUCACAUCCCUGUCACAUUAUCUUACUGGGGAUCUGACUGAUGGGUUGAAAGCCAGGAAAUGUAAGGCUCGUUCAGUGCUGUGCGUGCAGGGAAACUGUGCGUGCAGGGAAACUGUGAGUGCAGGGAAACUGUGAGUGCAGGGAAACUGUGAGUGCAGGGACAUUUUGCUCAAGUUCACUGAGGCUGGAUGUUUACUGACAAGGAUUUUUCCAUAAACACUAUUCAGUGUAAUAGCUAUCAGUGGAGUUUAGACACCUCUGGCAAGUGGUGAAACUGAAUUUGCUCUUAGACAUGAUUUUCUCUUUACAGCGAUACUCUGAAGUUGGUAAGCUGUAGGCUUAAUAACAAAUGAAUACUAUACAGUAGCUAGCAUUACUACUAUAAUAAUAACGCCAAUAACUUGUUGUGCUGUCCCUAAAGUAUCAACACAGUAUGCCGUGUUAUUGUAGAUUUAAAGAGAAAUCUUUGCAAACAAGCACUUGAUUUGGUAUUAAAGAUUGUGGAUAAAAAAUGUGGUUUAUGCAAAUCAAGAGGGAAGAAAGUACAAACAUUGGUGGGAAGGGAGAAGAAAAAGGUUCUGGAAUUUAAAUAUGUAUGCAUCCCAUCUGAAAUAUUAACAAGUAAUCUGCUGCAUGUUCUACUUGAUUUUAUACUGAACAAAAAUAUAAAAUCAACAAAUGCAACCAUUUCAAAGAUUUUACUGAGUUACAGUUCAUAUAAGGAAAUCAGACAAUUGAAAUAAAUAAAUUAGGCCCUAAUCUAUGGAUUUCACAUGACUGGGCAGGGGCGCAGCCAUUGGUGGGCCUGGGAGGGCACCCACUGGGGAGCCAGGCCCAGCCAAUCAGAAUGAGUUUUUCCCCACAAAAGCUCUGGUGGACAAUCCUGUAGUCAGCAUGCCAAUUGCACCCUCCCUCAAAACUUGAGCCAUCUGUGGCUUUGUGUUGUGUGACAAAACUGCACAUUUUAGAGUGGCCUUUUAUUGUCCCCAGCACAAGGUGCACCUGUGUAAUGAUCAUGCUUUUUAAUCAGCCUGUUGAUAUGCCACACUUGUCAGGUGGAUGGAUUAUCUUGGCAAAGGAGAAAUGCUGACUAACAGGGAUGUAAACACAUUUGUGCACAAAAUUUGAGAGAAAUACGUUUUUUGUGCGUAUGGAAAAUUCCUGGGAUCUUUUAUUUCAGCUCAUGAAACAUGGGACCAACACUUUUUCAGGCAAAGAAGCGCCACUCAACAAUCUGUAACAACUAUCAUUGUUUCCUGCAGUGUUGUCUUGUGUUCCCUAUAAAACAGGACUGCCUGACUUUAGCAGCACUGCCUGACUGUGAUUCUAUGCUCUUCAUACCCUCGUUAUUGACUAAAGUACACUCUUAGAAAAAAGGGUUCCAAAAGGGUUCUUCGGCUGUCCCCAUAGGAGAACCCUUUUUGGUUCCAGGUAGAACUAUUUGGGGUUCCAUGUAGAACCGUCUGUGUAAAAGAUUCUACAUUGAACCUGGAACCAAAGGGUUCUUCAAAGGGUUCUCCUAUGGGGACAGCCGAAGAACCCUUAUAGGUUCUAGAGAGCACCUUUUUUUAAAAGAGUUUAAUGCACACUAAUCAGUAUGGGCAUGCGUCUCAAAUGGCAACCUAUUUCCUAUAAAGGCCCUAUGGGCCUUGGUCAGAAUCAGUGCACUACAUAGGGAAUAGGGUGCCAUUUGGGAUGCAGCCUGGGUGACCUCACUUUCUCUCUGUCCUGACUCACCUCUGCAUACCUCCGCCAAGCUGCACUGACCUACUUCUUUACACCGUCUCUACCCCUCCAACACAAUCUGUCAAAACAAAAGCAAGCGAAGACCUGUCACAAGGACAGACACAGAGAGCUAGAAGAAAGCUCUUAGCCGCACUAGCUAGCUGCUAGCUUGUUAUUUUCCCAUUUAAAAGAGAAAGCGCACAUUAAUGGAAAAGGAUCAAAGUGAAAUGGCGGUCAUGCGUGGCCUUUUAAUGAAGUUCUCUGGUAAUUAACACUUGCAAGCAGAUCUACAGUGAGGAGAGGAAGGGGAGUGGAUUCAACACAAGGACUGCAUUCUCUAGUCCACAUCGCUUGUCCUCCUCGUGGCCCCGGCCAGGCAGAGACAGCGUUUAACAGCGUUUAAUCAGACCGACAGAGAGACCGGAGUGGAGUAAUGGAUAGAAUAAUGCACCAUGAUGACAACAAACUCUCCAAUCUCGCAAGACAAGAAAUAUAAAUUCUCAAUGAUCUGUCUCCGACUACCUGGGUGAAUUAAAAAACGCAGCCGUCACUCCCCAAUUGGCCAAACUCGAAAGUGGAUGUAUCAAUGUAUCUCUCACAUUGAUACAAACUAAGAACAUCCUACCAUGACAUAACCACAUGUAGACAACUAGACAUUGUUUUUCCAAAACCUUGCAAACUUUUAGUUGAUAGUAAAGCAAAUAGGAGAUGGGAAUUGUCUUUGUGUUUCCUCUACAGGAGUGGACACGCACUCAUGGCCUUCAUGCUGUCACGACAAGAGGGGAAACUUAACCGGCAGCAGACCAUGGAGCUGGGCCACCAUAUCCUUAAAGCACACAUCUUCAAGGUACAAGAGACUAGCUACUUACUGUAGUGCCAGUAUUUUCAAAGCGUCUCAGAGUCGGAGUGCUGAUCUAGGAUCAGUUUAGUAUUUUCGAUCACAGUGAAUCAGAUUACAUGGACAGGGGGACCUGAUCCUAGAUCAGCGCGCCGACUCUGAGACUCUUGAUGCAUACGGCCCCAGAAGCUUACAGUGUACACUACCGGUCAGAGUCGGUAGUGUACAGACCAAAUGACACAUUUCCACCGGUUUAAUGUCUAUUGCCCGUGUUUCUUGGCCCAAGCAAGUCUCUUCUUCUUAUUGGUGUCCUUUAGUAGUGGUUUCUUUGCAGCAAUUUGACCAUGAAGGCCUGAUUCACACAGUCUCCUCUGAACAGUUGAUGUUGAGAUGGGUCUGUUACUUGAACUCUGUGAAGCGUUUAUUUGGGCUGCAAUUUCUGAGGCUGGUAACUCUAAUGAACUUAUCCUCUGCAGCAGAGGUAACUAUGGGUCUUCCAUUCCUGUGGCGGUCCUCAUGAGAGCCAGUUUCAUCAUAGCGCUUGAUGGUUUUUGCGACUGCACACAAAGUUCUUAAUGUAAUGUUGGACUGCCGUUUCUCUUUGCUUAUUUGAGCUGUUCUUGCCAUAAUAUGGACUUGGUCUUUUACCAAAUAGGGCUAUCUUCUGUAUACCACCCCUACCUUGUCACAACACAACUGAUUGGCUGAAAUGCAGGAGAAGGAAAUUAAGAAGGAAAUAAAUUCCACAAGGCACACCUGUUAAUUGAAAUGCAUUCCAGGUGACUACCUCAUGAAGCUGGUUGAGAGAAUGCCUAGAGUGUGCAAAGCUGUCAUCAAGGCAAAGGGUGGCUAUUUGAAGAAUCUCAAAUAUAACAUAUAUUUAGAUUUGUUUAACACUUUUUUGGUUACUACAUGAUUCCAUAUGUGAUAUUAUUAUACAAUGUAGGAAAGAAUAAAGAAAAGAAUAAAGAAAAACCCUUGAAUGAGUAGGUGUUCUAAAACUUUUCACCGGUAGUGUAUAUCCCACCUUUACUCGAAUUCAAUUCCUUUUGUGAAUUUUAGAGUGCAUAUGUAUGUUUAUUUAUUAAUCAAGAUAGAUAUGGACGGUAUCAUCAGAGGAUAAGCCUUCUGGGUGUGAGAGAAGGCUCUGAGAGUGCAUGGCUGCAUUCAUCACUGGUUUAUUGACCUGGUGUGUGUGCAUGGUUUCUCUGUCUCUGUCCUAAGGGUCUGAGUAAGAAGACAGGCGUGUCGUCCAGCGUGCUGCAGGCCCUGUGGAUCAGCUGCAGCGCUGACGGCCUCUCUGCAGCCCUGGCCUCUCUGAGGAACCUCUACACCCCCAACGUCAAGGUGAGACUACCUCCCACCUCCAGACCCCUAGACUCUCACCUGGAGCACUGCCUUGACAUACUGACAUAGGAUAUGCUAGUUAUUUAUUCGUUUUUUCAGGGUAUUUUGUGCUUGUUAUUGAUAGAUACAGUGAAUAAGUUAUUGAGAUGGAGAGAUAGAGGGACAUAGAAUGAAAAGUGGUGCAGUCAGGGUUUAAACCCAUUCCUCCAGGGGCAAUGUGUGGUCCGCGAGCAGCAGCACUACCACUAGAACAACCCCUAGCCUCUUCACUCCUGUACGGUCUCCCGUCGAUGAAGGCGACAUCCCGUAGCCCGAAAAUAUGUUCACCAGCCCUUUUCUUUACCUAUUUACGAUAAACUUUUCCCAUCACUGAAGGCAAAUCUACCAGUCGGUACGGGCUAUACAAUGUGUGAAAAUAAACUUUUUUAUCCAACUUUUCCAGAGUUUACUGAAUUCUCCCUAAAGGUGCACUGCCAUCUGGGAUCGCGUGGCAACUACUACAGAGUAUGGGGACUAGGGAGUGAGCUUUGGGAAAUGUAGAUGUAAACGUUUAUUUUUACCAUAGUUCACACGUUGCAUUUCUUGAUGAUAGAUUUGCCUUUGGUGAUGGGAAAAGUUUCUCAGGAAUAGGUAAAUGUGUUUUUGGGGUACGGGAUGUUGCUUCAGCGAUGGGAGACACCCAGCACUGACAUAUUUUCUUGAGUGUGUGGUACCAGAAUACAUUUGAGUGGAUGGUCAUUGGUCUCCCUGCAUUUUUUCUAUCACAUUUUCCCACCAGUGAUUUGUAUUAGCACAGUGGUAUUAUUGUAAUCUACUCUCCUCACCUCGAAUGUCCUCCCUGAGUGCUUUUUAAUUCCAUUGAUGGCUCCCAGUGUGCUUUAUGAUAAGGCAUUCUGAUCUGGUUCCUGGAAACACUCACUUACGGUGAUGAGUGUGGCCUCGCCACUAAUGAACAACGGCCCAUUGGAAAUCUCACCAAGAUUCUCACUGGGCUCAGAUAGAUUGAUGCCGGUUGUUGCACUCUCUGCCAUUACUUUGAUCCAUUGCUAUCUGUGAUGCUGCUCUCUGCGGGGGAAAAGGAGGCUGUGCCAUUCUAAGUAAUUACAGGGCCCUUUUAGAUUAGUACUAAUUUAAUAAACAAAAGGGCCACGUUAAUGGCGGAGCGGGCAAAAUUAUUUUUGAUAUUAAAUUAUGCCUUGCUGCUGUGUGUCUGUGCUUACUCUAUUAUGACGGGAGAAAGGAAAUAGCCCUCCUAAGGCAUACAAGGCAAUUAAUUAUCAGUGGGGAAUUAUUAUAUUCUAGCUUCAAGCAAAAACAAUCAUAUGUUUUUCUUUGCCAUUAGCAGUACUCUUAUAGUGUCGUUUUAUUACACUUUUUCCCUGAAUGAAAUAUUAUGUUUGAGUGUAACAUCACUCAUGUAGACAGCCACAGAAAGAGUGAGCUUGUUCCUUUUCCUCCAAGGCCCCCUAGGAAUCAUUGGUGCUAAUUUAUUCAAGUGCGGUUCCGCCUGUAAAUAAAACAAAUUCAAUUUCCUCUGGUUUUAACACUAUCUGGGCUCCACUCACAGCUCUGUCUGAUCAAACAUGUAUUAUACAUUUCCUUAUCAAGGAGAAGAGGAAUACGAAGAAUGUGUACUCUUGUGUUGAAUGCAUUUCUAAAUUAGUACAUGCAUGCUCCAACUUUGUUUACCUCAUCACAAUUCUGAGAUUAGUUUUAAUGUUUCAAGCAAGGAAGGGAAAAAAAAGGUUUUAUUUAUUUAUUGAAUGAUCUCUUGCUGAAUUCCAUGUUCUAUUUUCUUUUACACAUUUAGGGAAGCCAAAAAGUUGAAUUCCGUGCUUAUGUUUUUCUUACACGGUUAGAUAAGAUUCCUUUUUUAUUUAAUGUGUGCUGCUCUUGCAGGUGAGUCGUCUACUGAUGCUGGGCGGGGCCAACGUGAACUACCGGACAGAGGUGUUGAACAACGGCCCGGUGCUGUGUGUCCAGUCCCACUUGGGCCACCAGGAGAUGGCUGGCCUGCUGCUGGAGUUCGGGGCCACCGUUGACGUGGUGUCCGAGAACGGCAUGAGCCCUCUCUGCUUUGCCUCAGCCGCCGGACACCUGGGCCUCGUCAGUCUGCUCUGCAAGAAAGGAGCCAAGGUUGGUAGUACUACCCGUUAGACUAACCGAUUACAGUCUACUAAGCUAUAUGGAAUUGUUUUAAGAAGGUCAUACCAAGGAUCAUUUAGUGUAUAUAUAUAUAUAUAUAUAUAUAUGUAAUAUAUUUUUAAAAAGGACAUUUUUUAUUUGGCCUUACUGCUAUUAGCCCAUACAAACACAUUGAAUAACAGAUUCACUACAUGGAACAGAUAGUCCCCCAAAAAAUCUAAAGGAAGUUUGUUCUGAAGUGUCUGUCCUAUAUCUGAGAGAUAUAAGAAAGAUCAGGAUAUAUGUUUUUUUUUUUUUUUUUUUACAUGUAUUUAACCCCUUAUUUUGGCACUAAACAGUCUACAUAUAUACUAUAUAACUGGUACCUGGGGAGCUUCAGACGAGUCUUGUGAGCCUGUGGGCGUCCUAGAGCAAAACAUGUACUCAAAACGGAGAACACCAUCGUGUUUGUGAGACUCAUCUGUCCAUAGAGGGAUCAUAAUAGUUUGUUCGGACGCUACAGAUGAUUUUGUGAGAAGACCGAUUGUCGGGAUGUCUCAUGGUCUGACAAACACCGUUCUAGCUCUGUCACCUUUCACCGCAAAUGCAGAAGUGCGACAUCGGCAGAUGCAGUGGUUUGAGACGCAAAAACAGAUAUCUCUAGCUUAAACUGACAGAUUUUUAUAUUAUGCUAAUUACAUCGACUCUAGGGGGUUUUAAGAGGAGCGAAUGCGAGAUGACAGAGACUGGCAACACAUGAUUAGAUCAGGGCAAAUACAUCUAUAAGAACCAGGAGAGACAUUAGAUCAUAGAGGGGAGACAUUAGCUCUGAGAUCAUAUUUUGGAGCAUAGCUUUGAAAUUGGAUAAGAGCUCACUUAGAUUGUAAAGCUACUCUGGUAGAGUGUAGCAGGAGCAACGUCACAGCAUAUAAAACAUGUUCAAAUAAGCACUGUUGUUGUGUGUUCUAGGUUGACCAUGUGGACAAGAGCGGUCAGUGUGCUCUGGUCCAUGCUGCUCUGAGGUGCCACCCUGACAUCAUCCACUACCUCCUGGAGCUGGAGUGGACCCCCGAGGGCCAGCAGCAGAACUGCAGCCUAAAGAACAAGGCCCUCCAGCAGGCUCUCAUCGCUGCCUCCAGCAUGGGACACACGCAGGUCAGUCAGGAGACACCGGUAAAAUCCCAGAUGGCAUCCUAUUCUCUAAAUAGUGCACUAUUGUUGUCAAAAGUAGUGCACUAUGUAGGGAAUAGGGUGCCAUUUGGGACGCAACCACCCACUGUACUGUACUGUACUGUACACACACACACACAAGUCCUUAGUACCUUACUAUAAUCAGGAAAGUUAUCCCACACAGUGCCACAACACAACCUCACCUCUUUAGUUUGGAAACAGAAGACACUCCACAGAGAAUCACUGAUGCUGCCAUCACUGAUGCUUCUUGUUUUCACUGAUGAGACAUGCUGUAGGAGUAUUGAUCCCACAGUAUGUCUGCAGCUGGCUGCCCAGAAGAGAAGCAUAGUGGGCUUUGGUUUAUUCUGGCCUGCUCCUCAUUAAGAGGGCUGCGAUACCGUUAGGCCUAUACACUAGGGCUGGGGCUGUGGGUCGGCAGUAUUACAGAAAUGGGUCGGAGUGAGCUAUCGACCUCCACCUCCACAGAGGGCCCAGUGAGAGAGGAGAGUAAAGGAGAGCACAGACAAAGGGGCUAGUUAACACUGAACCUGUACUGCACAACACUGACGAAUAUCUACUAUAGACACUAUACAGCCACUAUAGUCCAGGCAUCAGCACUCUAGUCCACAGGGAUUCAUUUAUCAUGCGCCAGAGAAGCAUCAUUUGCUCGGGCAGCUUUUUAUCGACCUGCUGAAGUUGUUUCAUCGCUCCGGUUUUUCUGUAAUGUAAUCAGCGCGCCGUAGAGCUAACUCAAGGCUUUAUUUGAUGUUUGGAUUCUAAUAAAACAUUCUCAAUCGACAGGUUGUCAGAGGCUUGUUGGUGUUGAAUAACGAGCAUGCCGUGCAAAUUGAUGUCCAUGACACUCUGUGGGGAGAAACAGGUAUGUUUUCUCUAUAUUUUUCUUCCAUUAUACUGCUCCCUUUGUGUUAUCACCUGGUGGAAUAUCAGUGUGGAACAUUACUGCUGAAAUGAUGUCUUUGUCGAGUAUUUUGUAUUCUAUCCCUUUCCAGCAGCAUAACACUUUCUUUCUGCAUUAUGUAGUGCAGGGCUCUCCAACUGGCGGCCCAACUAAUACUAACUAAUUGUUUAGUUUUUUAAAAAGUAUUCUCACGCAUAAUAGAGAGAUAUAUGUGAUCGAAUACAAAUGUAAGAUUUGUAAUGAUUGUUUUAGUCAAGUAUUAUAUCUCUCUAUUAGACAGCUUCUUGCUGUCAAUUUGUAAAUAAUUUGUAAUUAUGUUCCGGCCCCCUGACCAUCCGCUCAAGAAGAAAUUGGCCCGUGGCUGAAUCUAGUUGAUAAUCCCUGAUGUAGUGGUUCACAUUUACACAAAUAUGUGGUCAUUUUUACUUUUAAAGCCUGUCCAAUUUUCCCUGUCCCCUUCCAUUAAAAGCAUCCCUGCUUUGUUCAUUUGGGCUUUUAUCUGGAUGGAGAGCCAUCAGGCUAUCCUGUAUCGGUAGUGCUAACUGAGUGAUUUUCUACUUUAGAGCAGAAUUACAGGCAUCGCUCCCAGCAGUCAAGUCUAAGCGCUGAGUCAUCGGUGCAGUACAUUGUCCAUUUAGGUCAUGCCAAGCCAUUUGUCCUGUUUUUCUUCUCUGUCAUUAGAACACACCAGCUCAUAUAUUCCUUUUAGUAGAAGUCAAGCCAGAGCUCUAGUUUCUGUUAAAGAUCUUCAAUGAAUCAUUGACAUUUAAGCACUGCAGAGGAGGAUUACGUUAUUUUUGUUUGACAAAAGUUGCAGUGGCAAUACUGCAGAUGUCGGGAAAGGUCGAAGUCUUAGGUCUUAGAGGGGCAACAAGUGAUUUAUAAGUUAUAUUCUUCAAGAAUCAAUAGCUACAGUACAGUGCCUUCAGAAAGUAUUGACACCCCUUUUUCCACAUUUUGUUAUUACAGCCUGAAUUUCAAAUGAGUUACAUUUAGAUUUUGUGACACUGGCCUACACACAAUACCCCAUAAUGUCAAAGUGGAAUUAUGUUUUUAGUAAUUUGUACAAAUUAAUACAAAAUUAAAUCUGAAAUGUCUUGAGUCAAUAAGUAGUCAACCCCGUUGUUAUGGCAAACCUAAAUAACUUCAGGAUAAACAAUUGGCUUAACAGGUCAGAUAAUAAGUUGCAUGGACUAACUGUGGGCAAUAAUAGUCUUUAACAUGAUUUUUAAAUGACUAACCCCAUCUCUGUACCCCACACAUACAAUUAUAUGUAAGGUCCCUCAGUUGAGCAGUGAAUUUCAAGCACAGAUUCAACCACAAAGACCAGAGAGGUUUUCCAAUGCCUCGCAAAGAAGGUCACCUAUUGGUAAAAAAAUGUGUAUCCCUUUGAGCAUGGUGAAGUUAAUAAUUACACUUUGGAUGGUGUAUCAAUACACCCAAACACUACAAAGAUACAGUUGAUGGAGGCCAAUGGUGACUUUAAAUCAGUUACAGAGUUUAAUGGUUGUAAUAGGAGAAAACUGAGGAUGGAUCAACAACAUUGUAGUUACUCCACAAUACUAACCUAAAUGACAGAGUGAAAAGGAGGAAGCCUGUACAGAAUAAAAAAUAUUCCAAAACAUGCAUCCCGUUUGCAAUAAGGCACUAAAGUAAUACUGCAAAACAUGUGGCAAAUACGUUUUUUUUCCUGAAUACAAAGCAUCUUUGGGGCAAAUCCAACACAACACAUCACUGAGUACCACUCUUCAAACAGUAUUUUCAAGCAUGGUGGUGGCUGUAUCAUGUUAUGGGUAUGCUUGUCAUCGGCAAGGACUAGGGAGUGUUUUAGGAUAAAAAUAAACGGAAUCCAGCUAAGCAUAGGCAAAGUCAUAGAGGAAAACCUGGUUCAGUCUGCUUUCCAACAGACACUAGGAGACAAAUCCCCCUUUCAGCAGGACAAUAACCUAUAGUGCCUUCAGAAAGUUUUCAUACCCCUUGACUUAUUCCACAUUUUGUUGUGUUACAUUUUUUUACACAGAUUUUUUCCCUCAUCUACACACAAUACCCCAUAAUGACAAAGUGAAAACAUGUGAUCAACAAUCAACUUAACAGAGCUUGAAUAAUUUAAAAAAGAAUAGUGGGCAAAUAUUGUACAAUCCAGGUUUGCAAGCUCUUAGAGACUUACCCCGAAAGACUCACAUCUGUAAUCGCUGCCAACGGUGAUUCUAACAUGUAUUGACUCAGGGAGUUGAAUACUUAUCUAAUCAAAAUAUAUUUGUGUUUUAUUUUCCAUUAAUAAAAAUAAAAAGUAGAUUUUUCUUCCACUUUGACAUUACAGACCAAAAAAUUACUUUGUAACACAACAAAAUGUGGAAAAAAAUCUAGGGCUGUGAAUACUUUCGGAAUAAUUAAAAAGUCCACAAAUAGAUGUACACGUCCCAAAUUUCCUAUUUAAUGGCCAGCUGAUUGUAUAUGCUGGACCUCUUUUGGAGGAGGCAGGAAAGUUGGGACCAAUAAAAAAAAAAAACACCAGCUGAGAGACAAAAAGCAGAAGCAGGAGAAGUGGAGCUGGCACUGGCAGGGGGUGGCUGCAGGUCAAAGCAAUUUAAGAUUGAUCCUGGAAAUUGUGCAGGAAGCCAAGUGGAACAGGGAACAAAAGUCUAAGGUUAUGUCCCAAAUGGCACCCUAAUUCCCUAUAUAGUGCAGUACUUUUUACCAGGGCCCAUAGCACCCCAUUCCAUACAUAACACACUACUUUUGACCAUGGGCCCUGGUCAAAAGUAGUGCACUAUAUAGGGAAUAGAGUGCCAUUUGGGACAGAGACUAUAAGCAGGGGUCUGUUGUCAUAUAAGCGCUGAAUAAAUCAAAUGUCUGUGUUUUGAUAUAAAAUAAAGACGAGGCCCCUAGGUAUGGAAGUAUUAAAAUGGUCUGAGAUCUGGGAUGGGUUUGAAACAUUUGCCACCGUCACAGUACCCUCAUGCUGAUAAACAUUACAACUUACCAGUACCAUCACCAUUCAUGUUGGUGCAGCAUUUCUGUGUACUGAAUGAGUAAACACACAUCGUUAGAAUAUUGUGUCCCAAAUGGCACCCUAUUCCCUUAAUAGGGCUCUACUUUUCACCAGAGUCCAUAGGGAAUAGGGUGCCAUUUGGAACGCAGACUACAGCAAUACAGCUUUUUAGAAAUUCUUCUUGUGGUUUUUGUUAUCAUAAUGGCCUCUUGUGGAAAGCUGCACACUGGAGAUAAAGAGAGACAGAGACUGACACCACAGAUUCUCUUCUCUGAGGUAGUCCGUUAAAGAUGAGAGUACAACAGCACAGAGCGGGAUCUGUGAGUGUCAAGUGUUCCAAGUAGCAGAACUUCACUUGUAAGGCCCAACACGAAAGAGACCCAUUUUAUAUGAUCAUGGUGACCAACUGUUGCUCAGAAAUCCUCAAAUGGUCCAGAAGUUCCCAACCCCUCAUCAUUCGGGCAGCUCAUUUAAUGAUGUGUGUUUAUUUUUAGCACACAGUCUAAUGGUGAGAGAGAAUGUUUUUUUAGAGCACACAAUCUAAUGGUGAGAGAGAAUGUGAACAAUAGUCUCUCUGUGGCCUCAGUAGUAUGCCAGCCUGGUGUAGGCAGCCAGCCUAGCAGUAACAAAUGGCUCUGAGAUGUAGGUCAGCCCAUUAGGACUAGGAGAGAGAGGCUCUGCAUCCCAAAUGGCACGCUAUUCUCUAUAGUGCAAUACUUUUGACCAGAGCCCAAUGGGCCCUUGUCAAAAGUAGUGCACUACAUAGGGAAUAGGGUGCCAUUUUGGAAACAGAUGAUGUCUUCUCAGUGCUACUGCUGCUAACUGGUGCUGCUUCUGCGAAAUACAUUUCCUGGCAAAAAAGAGCUUAAGAGCUUUGGAGCUUAUUACAGUGCCUUGCAAAGGUAUUCAUCCCCCUUGGCAAUCUAAGUGUCACAUGAUCUGUCACAUGAUCUCAGUAUAUAUACAACUGUUCUGAAAGGCCUCAGAUUCUGCAACACCACUAAGCAAGGGGCACCACCAAGCAAGCGGCACCAUGAAGACCAAGGAGCUCUCCAAACAGGUCAGGGACAAAGUUGUGGAGAAGUACAGAUCAGGGUUGGGUUAUAAAAAAAUAUCCGAAACUUUGAACAUCCCACGGAGCACCAUUAAAUCCAUUAUUAAGAAAUGGAAAGAAUAUGGCACCACAACAAACCUGCCAAGAGAGGGCCAUUCACCAAAACUCACGGACCAGGCAAGGAGGGCAUUAAUCAGAGAGGCAACAAAGAGACCAAAGAUAACCCUGAAGGAGCUGCAAAGCUCCACAGCAGAGAUUGGAGUAUCUAUCCAUAGGACCACUUUAAGCCAUACACUCCACAGAGCUGGGCUUUACGGAAGAGUGGCCAGAAAAAGCCAUUGCUUAAAGAAAAAAUAAGCAAACACGUUUGGUGUUCGCCAAAAGGCAUGUGGGAGACUCCCCAAACAUAUGGAAGAAGGUACUCUGGUCAGAUGAGACUAGAAUUUAGCUUUUUGGCCAUCAAGGAAAACGCUAUGUCUGGCGCAAACCCAACACCUCUCAUCACCCCGAGAACACCAUCCCCACAGUGAAGCAUGAUGGUGGCAGCAUCAUGCUGUGGGGAUGUUUUUCAUCGGCAGGGACUGGGAAACUGGUCAGUAUUGAAGGAAUGAUGGAUGGUGCUAAAUACAGGGAAAUUCUUGAGGGAAACCUGUUUCAGUCUUCCAGAGAUUUGAGACCGGGACGGAGGUUCACCUUCCAGCAGGACAAUGACCCUAAGCAUACUGCUAAAUCAACACUUGAGUGGUUUAUGGGGAACAUUUAAAUGCCUUGGAAUGGCCUAGUCGAAGCCCAGACCUCAAUCCAAUUGAGAAUCUGUGGUAUGACUUAAAGAUUGCUGUACACCAGCGGAACUCAUCCAACUUGAAGGAGCUGGAGCAGUUUUGCCUUGAAGAAUGGGCAGAAAUCCCAGUGGCUAGAUGUGCCAAGCUUAUAGAGACAUACCCCAAGAGACUUGCAGCUGUAAUUGCUGCAAAAGGUGGCUUUACAAAGUAUUGACUUUGGGGGGGUGAAUAGUAAUGCACGCUCAAGUUUUCUGUUUUUUUGUCUUAUUUCUUGUUUGUUUCACAAUAAAAAAUAUUUUGCAUCUUCAAAGUGGUAGGCAUGUUGUGUAAAUCAAAUGAUACAAACCCCCCAAAAAAUCCAGUUUAAUUCCAGGUUGUAAGGCAACAAAAUAGGAAAUAUGCCACGUGGGGUGAAUACUUUCGCAAGCCACUGUACAUCCUAGGGACAAAGAUAUAGGGCGGCAGGUAGCUUAGUGGGUAAGAGCGUUGUGCCAGUAACCGAAAGGUCGCUGGUUCUAAUCCCCGAGCCGACUAGGUGAAAAAUCUGUCGAUGUGCCCUUAAGCAAGGCACUUAACCCUAAUUGCUCUGGAUAAGAGCGUCUGCUAAAUGACUAAAAUGUAAAAAUGUAUAUCCCCUUUCGAAAUGGGCCUUCUUCUCUGAAAACGGCUACUUUCCAUCUUAGGGCCGCGUGUUUGUAUGGCUGAGGAAUGGGCCAAUGUUAUUUUAGAUUGGGCCAGAAACCUUUUCUUUUUUUUUAUCAUAAAGUGCUGCUUCAUGUUUUGCACCUUGUUACAUCAUCACACUGCUGCAUAACAACAUUUCUGUUCACACCCCCACCACCUACUUUGUUCCUUACUUAGAGAAGGAUACUUUAUUUUUACUUGUUUAGACAGUAGUGCAAGAGGUAUAGGACAAAAUACUAAUUUAUUAUAAGUGGUAGGCAGGUGUGUAUGGCAUGCUUUAAACAGAGCGGAUUUACACCCAGGCCUUGGCUGGUGGCCCUGUAGACAUUAUCAUUACUGUGAAUAAUCAGUAGUCAUGCUUGUCUUCAUUCUCAAAGUCAUCCAGUAUGUGCCACCUGCUGUAGCUGACAGUGAUCCAACAUUUACCUCUGAGCUCUAUGUAUUUACCUGGAUGCUAAAUCAUAGCCACGUCCCACCUUCUAACUCCCAUCUAUUACAGGCUAAUGCAGGUCACAGGUGGCCCCAUGACGCCGGGCACAACUCCAGCGACCUAAAACAAGGAGACCCGCUUCAACACCCAACUCCGCAAAUUAACGUGUUUUGAAAGAUAAUUGCACCCACCUGGCACUAGGCUCAUUCAAAGCAACACUUUGUAUUUGAGAAGAUAGGCAAAUGUGAAUUAUUUUGGGCGCUGUGGUGGUUUAAACUCGUUGAAAAUAUGUAUUUUAGCAAACAAAGAGGUUACGCUUCUCUGCACUCUUCCUGACCCCUUGGGAGCUCCACUUAAAUGGCUGUAUUCAAUGCCUCUUUACGGGUAUGAUUGGGUUGUAAUUCAAUGGAGAGCCAUCACAGGGCUAUAUAGAAAAUAACAUCUACACUUAAAUGUUGUGGACACAGCAUAGGCAGCAGAACUGGUUCGGUCAUAGAAAUACUGCAAGUGAAUAUCACAGCCUGAAGUCUUUUAUAUUAAUUCUGUUUGAGGAUUUAUAAACCUAAUCCAGAGGCCUGUAUGGAGAUAUACAGAGGGAGAAAACUCAGUGAGACACAAAUACCCUGGGUGAAAUACCCUCCCGAAAAUUGACAUUCAUCGCUGCAGCUCUGAACGAAUUCCUUCCCUUAACGACCUGUCAGAGAAAUAUAAUUUCAUAUUUGAAAUGCAAAGUGUGAAAGAAAUAACAUCUUUAUGCAAAUAGGCCCACUGCACUUUGUUUGGAUAGUGAGAGAUUGGAUUACGGCUCUGUGUUGGCACUAUCAUGUAAAAUCCCUCCUCAGAAUGACAGAGUUUUACCUCUGGGAAGGAGAAAAGGUAAUUUAACUCCCAAUGAUGGUGUCUUCUUUGUUGAAUAUAUGUGAAUAAGUCAGCAGCAGUGGAAAAGAUUAGGGGAAAGACAAAUAGACACAGUGCGGUAUAAUCUUUGUGAUCACGUAGCAUAUACCUCAAGUUACAAUAGAAGAGCCAUUGUGAGGUUAUAUGGUUUCUGUAUAAAAUGACAAAUGGAAGUUGUUUUACCUCUGUAAAAGAGGUUUGUGUAUAUUAUAUAUCACACACACCACAAAUGAGUAAUGCAGUGGCCAAGUCAAACGGCGGCCCUGACAUUUUCUACAUUACUUAAUAAAACGAUGAAAUCAACUUCUCAUUAUCAUGAAAUAUUCAGUUACACCAUUGGGUGUAGCCUCGUAUAUAGUUUUUUUAUCCACUGUAAUUAUGCCUGUAAGAAUCUUUUUAAAUGAUCAAAUCACCCCCGUUUAUAGGCGGUGUUUAAUACAUGUGGUGUUUAGUUGGUUGUGUUCUAAGUGUUUGGUUGUGUUUAAUUAUUUACACGGCAGUGGGUUGUUGCGUGCGGCGCUCGCCCAUCAGUCAUUCAUCCCUACACGAGGGGGGUGAGAGAGAGCGGUUUCUCUUAUGGAGUAUGUAGACAAGCGUGCAGACACCACGGCCAAGGAUGCCAGUCCCAGGUGGGAGGACGUACACCGGGAUGACAUGUCAGAGAGUAGUUUCUCUGCUAGUGGAGUGAACUUGUAAUGACUUAGACCUACAUAGAAACAGACCACAACUCCCAUGAUUCCACAGUCAGGAAGUAGGUCUUCAUGUGAUAGAUACUGUAUGUUGCUGAGGUGUCCUUGACUGACAGAUACAGCUGGGACCCUGCUACUCCAGUUUGUUAGCCCAGCAAUGGUCUCCUUCUAAAACGGCAAAAUCAGCUACAUUUGAGCGACUAGUGCAUGUUUACAAACUGACGCGGGACACUGUGCACUACUUUUGACCAGGGCUUAUAGGGUUCUUCUGGUCAAAAGUAGUGCACUAUAUUGGGAAUAGGCUGCCAUUUGGCUCAUGGUCUUUCAGCCUUUGGGAUAGUUUGGUCAGGAAGAGGACCUGUCUGUCUGUGUAUUUGGUCUGUUCAUCAGUCAGUGAUUUACAGUCCACCCCUCAGGACAGCAGUCUUAGUGGGCCAGACAGGCGAGAGAGGCAGAUUAGGAGGAAAGAUAAAGUUGAGUGGCUUAUUACAGAACAUGACUAAGAUAUCAAUCUGCCUGGCUCUGUAUGAAGGAGGGUAGGAAGGAUGGAAGGAGAGAGACAGAGAGAUAGAGAGGGAAUGGGCACAGAAAAGAGAAACGUUUGUGAGAUCAGAGAGAAGAUCAAAUGCAUUGAAUUGGCCUUAGAUGAUCAGAGAGGGAUGCCACUGGGGUCUCCUGUACGGUUUGAAAGUAGUAUGCAGACCUAGCUUUUCAUUGGGUAUUCCUUAAUGUUCGACUAAUAGAUGCACAUAGGAUUCUAUCGAAGUCAGGUCUAAAAUGGUGGAUCACGUCUCAAAACGGAUGCAUCCCUGAAAGAGCGCAUAAUAACAAUAAUAUCAGUCUGCUGUAGUUCCAAAGGCUGUGUCCCAAAUAGCACCCUAUUCCCUAUGGGACCUGGUCAAAAGUAGUGUACUACAUAGAGAAUAGGGUGCUAUUUGGGAUGCACACAGAGUCUCUCUGCUCUGAGGAGAUAUGCUAGUGGAGCAGAUGGAGGUUGUGGUUGGCUGAGACAUAACGGCCCUCCGCUCACACUCCCAUCCAGAUGGAUGAUGUCCCUCAGCCUGAGACUGGGGCUCUGGGUCUUUAAUCUGGGUCUUUAAUUUUCCUGAGGUGAAUCCGAAUGCACCACCAGUCUCUCUCUGUGUGGAUUUAUUGUUUGGAUACCAACAUUCAUCCAAGACUUGAAUCUGAUUAUAAACUGGGUGGUUCGAGCUCUGAAUGCUGAUUGGCUAACAGCCGUGGUAUAUCAGAACACGGGUAUGACAAAACUGUUAUUUUUACUGCUCUAAUUACAUUGGUAAACAGUUUAUAAUAGCUAUAAGGCACCUCGGGGGUUUGUUAUAUAUGGCCUCUGCGUUGCGUCGUGCCUAAGAACAGCCCUUAGCCGUGGUAUUUUGGCCAUAUACCACACCCCCUCGGGCCAUAUUGCUUAAAUAUACCACAGCCCAUAGUAAAGUGUAUCAUCCACUGAAUGUGGGCUGUAAAUGUGGGACUACUGCUAUGGCUCAAGUGUGCUAAUCAGGAGAUGAGAAACACAUGGACUGUUGUAUUCUUUUCACUGCAUCUUAGUAUGUUAGUUUGAAGAUACUUGAAUCUGUCUUUAAAGAACCUUUACAUAUUCUGUAACUUGAAUGAAAACAGAAAUGGCAAAGAUGUACUAAUUAACCUGUCGGAAAACGAAUGGUAUUUUUCCCUGUUUUGGACCCGCUAUUCUGCAGGCAUUAGAUGAUAUCACUACUCAAGUCUCAAAGCUUUCUCUCUUGGCACACUACUAGACAGUUUAGAGCAACGUUAUUAAGUUAACGAGAUUCUGGUAUUUGCAUUAAUGGCAGGCCUAUAUACAUAAUGUGCGUGUGUUCGUGUAACAUUGGGACUGUUUCUGGGUGAACGGCCAAACUUCCUGACUACAGUUCCUGUAUUACUGUUUAUUUUUGUAAUGUAAAGUAAUGACAGGCACACCACAAGAUUCAAAGAGAUAAGAUUUCACAUGGAUUUGCAAUCAACAAUACAAUCAGACAGUAUUGUUUAUUACAGGUUAGCUUUGUCAGCCUCGAAUUAAACAUUCAGACACUUGUGUUUUUCCUCUUGAAUUAUGUUAUAUUGUCAAGAAGGAAAUAAUACUGAAUUGUGUUUUAGUCCAAUUAUUGGCACUCAGUGGAUGGACAACUAAAUGCUGUAUAUUUUCAAUUUAAAUGUGGGCUAGAGGGAGCAAGCCCUGUCUCAAGCGAGCCAGACCCUGCCCUGCCCUGUGUAUGUGUGUGGUCUCACCAUUGGUACAGUAAGUACCCUAGCUGACCCGGGUCUAGUCCUGACCCCUUUCCUCUGGUCUCCUCAGCUCUGACGGCGGCGGCGGGCCGGGGCAAGAUGGACGUGUGUGGCUUCCUGCUGGAGCAGGGGGCCGUGGUGCAGCAGGUCAACCGCAGGGGGGUCUCCCCUCUCUUCUGUGCUGUCAGACAAGGACACUGGCAGGUGAGACACACACGAUCAUAUUGCCUCAAACUACAAUUACACUUCAAAGGAACCAUGAUGAUUAACCCAGAGGAAGUAGAGUUUAAGUCUGUUUGUGCGCGUGUGGGCGCGGAUUAGAUUGCAGAGCUGCUGCUGCAGCAGCAUGGUGCUGACGUGAACAUCAGUGACAAACAGGGACGGACACUACUUAUGGUGGCGGCGUGCGAGGGCCACCUGAGCACUGCCGACUUUCUUCUGUCAAAGGGUGAGCUACCACGAUGCUACGCUAGAUAAAACUGUGACCCAAAUGGCACCCUAUUCCCUUUAUAGUGCACUACUUUUACCAGUCUCAAAAGUAGCACACUGUAUAGGAAAUAGGGUGCCAUUUGGGACACACACCAUGUCAGCCAUCACAAUGCAAACCAGUCUGCUCUUUCUCUAAAGUCAGAUGAAAUCCACAUUAAAAAAGAUCAAAAUAUCAAUAGCCACAUUUCACACCCAUUUUUAUAUUGAAUGGUUUGUUGAGUGAAGGUCAUAUGCUGUGGUUUUGAUAAAUCUGAUGUUGAAUACUUAAUUUAUUCUUCCCUAGGUGCGUCGUUGACGUCGAUGGACAAGGAAGGGUUAACGCCCAUGAGCUGGGCAUGUUUGAAAGGACAUAAAAACGUUGUGCAGUUUCUGGUGGAGAAGGGUGCGGUCAUAGACCACAUGGACAAGAAUGGACGGACUCCGCUGGACCUGGCCGCCUUCUACGGAGACGCGGAGAUCGUGAGUAGAGAGAUAAAUCGACAGACAGUGAGACUGACAGACAGGCAGACGGACGGACGGGCGGGCAAGCGGACGGACGGACAGGAAGACAGACAAGACAGACAGACAGACAUUAAGCUCAGUCUAAAUCUGUCUCACUAGGCCUGCCCCUUAGUUAGGCCCAACACAAGUGCUCUGUGUCUCCUUAUGGGACACAAAUUACCACCGAUCUAUACGAGAGUUAAGAGUGUUUGUUCUGACUGUAGGGGAGUUAAGAGUGUGUGUUUGACUGUGUUGCUCCUGUUGUGAAGGUCCAUUACCUGGUGGAGAAAGGAGCGGUGAUAGAGCAUGUAGACUACAGUGGCAUGAGGCCGUUGGACCGGGCGAUAGGGUGUCGGAACACGUCGGUAGUGGUGACCCUGCUGAAAAAGGGGGCUAAACUGGGUAAGAAACUAAGAACUCUAUCUAUGAUAGAAAUUGUCAGUUUGUGUUUGUUUCUAGAUACACUGUUCUUUCAGUGAAUGUAUCCUACUCUCGUCCCAGUAUUCCAACAACACUUUAGUCUAGUGAUUGAACUACUCCAGCUUUACGAUAGUAAUGAGAAAAAGCUUACUUGUGCUUCCAGUCUCUUAAGUCCACUAAAUAUGAUGAGGCUAUUGCCAUGGAAUCUGGUGACCAACUCCUGGUUUCAUUGAUGCUCAGUGCUAAAUAGGGUUACUCGAUAUCACAUUUUGUCCUAUCGUGAUUCUGUACAUAUAAAAUCGACCGAUAGACAAUGUUAUCACCCCCUAACGGCCACCCCCCCCCCAAAAUAAUACAUAAAUAAAAAUACAGUUUAAAAAGACCGCUAGCGUAAGCUCACAUGCUACUGGAGGGACGAGAGGAAUCAUGACCUUGACAAAAGUUAUUUAGUGGAGUCAUUCUAGUAGACUAUUCCACUCUGGUAGAGCUGAGUGACACACAGUCAAGAGCCUCGCUGGCUGUACGUUGUGUGAUGGGUUAUAAAUCAUCAUGGGCUGCAGAGCAAGCAACUCUUCUGUCCUCAGAACUGGAUAAUUAUGAACUGAUUAGCAUUUUUGCCUCAUCUUCCUCUCUUGGGCCUAGGCUAUAUGUUGGUAGGUUGCACAUUGCUAGAAAAAUAUGAAAACAGGCCUAGUCCAACUAUAGCAUUGUUUCUUUCAUAAGAUCUGCUCAGUUGUAGCCUAAGUUUUCUUUUUACUUGUCAUUCGAUUUUUCGAUCUUGUUUUCUCAAUUUCACUUUUGUGGCCUGAAAUAUUGAUCAUUCAAAAUAAAGCUGUGAGAAUAUUUUGUUUUAUCUUAUCUCUCAUUAUUACCUUAGGUCUACCAUGUUUUAAGUUAUUCAAAAACAACUCGAAACUUUCUGAGAGCCUAGAACUCCAUUAGAUUCAUUUAUUGUUUGAUCAUGAAAUCUAGCAUGCAUUAAACUGAAAGAGUAGCUUAGUAGGCCAUGUCGUAUUCAUAUCAAAUAGAGAGAAAAUAGACAAUUUGAACAAUGAAAUGACACCGGAGUGUCCGCUAUAAAAAUAGACUUCAGCUAUUGGCCCAGAUCAUCUGACAUCCGUGAGAGAAAAAAUAAAAGCAGUUUCGUACCAGACAUUUUGCGCUGUUGUGGUGAAACUCUUAGCUCUGCCUACGUUGUUCUAUUGCAUUCUGUAAAUAUAACAUAUUUAUUGAAAUAGGAUAUAGCAAAUAGGAAUAUCGGCAAUCUACUCGGAAUGUCACCCCGCUAGUGCUAAAUUCAAGGGCAAUGACACUGAACCGAUUUCUACCAAGAUUCAACUAGUGUGAGGCUUGGACGAUAUACCGUUUAAAUUAUUAUUAUUAUUAUUUGUUGGAGGUUGGGCGGGAGUGCGUGCUACGCCACUGCUUAUAACUAUAACUAAGUUAAGUAUAACUAUAAGAAAUGUUAAGAUGUGUCCAAUAAAUUAUAUCCAACUCAGGGCUCCAGCUAUGCAUUUGGUUUGCUAACUUGCUAGCUACAUGGCUGAAUGUCAAUAUCAAGCUUUUUGGUUACAGCAGAGACAUUCAAUCAAUAUUAUUUUCUUUUUUUAAAUAGCGCCCCUUGUGUGCACUUUCGGUAAUACCGUUUACCCCGGUAUGGUACAGAAACGGUAUGACGGUAUGAAAAUCUGAAAGACUGCCCAACCCUAAUGUGUAGCGUGUCUCUCUCUCUUUCUGUCUCUACCUUUCUCUCGCUCUCCCUCUCUUUCUCUCUCUCUCUCUCGCUCUCUCUUUGUGUGUCUGUGAGUUUCCUUUCUCCCAAAAGUGUGCCGGUGGGCUAAUUUGAGAAUGUGACUUAUCACCUAAAUGACAUUCACUGAGCUAUCUAGGCCUAGAGCUUAUCUGCCUCAUUUUACAUCUGCAGUGCUGCCCAGCCAGGCACCUCACCCAUAAUUAGCUAAUAAUGGCCAAUACCUCCAACCCUCUCCCCUUGCCUUGGUAGCAAUGUCGCCUGCUCUUAGCACACAAUGCUAUCAGUCUCUAUAAUCUCAAUUACCUUUACGACCAGCAAAUCACCAUUUUGUUUCAUUAUCAUAUCAAUGCAAUUAUAGGUACAGUAUAUCCACUGGCAAACUCUCAGUAUUAUCAGUGCAGGAAAUAAAAUGGUGAGGCAAUUUAAGCUUGGAAAGGUCUAAAAUGAAUAAAUCACAUUUUAUAGCCAUAGCAGUUUCAAAUUAUCUUCUGCUUUUCUGAAUGCUUUUAUCUGUUUGCAUGAUUCCUUCCCUCCUUCCUUCCUGCCUUCCUUCCUUCAAUCUCUCAUCAUUUUUCUCUUCUGAACUGCUUUCAAUGUAACCGUAAGGCUACAGAACGUCGCCUUAUGAUCGAUCAGGUACAAUCUUUAGGUAACUUUACCUUGUUACCAAUUUCCUAGUGAAUAUAGUCCGUGGGUUUUGGAGCAGCAGUGGUGUAACUCUACUCUGUGUGUGUGUGUGUGUGGACCAACAGGGAAUGCAGCCUGGGCUAUGGCCACGUCCAAGCCUGAUAUCCUCAUCAUUCUCCUGCAGAAACUUAUGGAGGAGGGCAACCUGCUUUACAAGGUAUGGAAAAGAGAUUAGGCUUGCGUCCCAAAUGGCACCAUAUAUUCCCUGGUCAAAAGUAGUGCACUAUAUAGGGAAUAGGGUACCAUCUGGAAUGUAGGCUUGGCUUAACAUUAUACUGUUAGGUCUGAGUUUCUGGUUCUAAACAAUGAUAUAUACUGUGUAUUGAUAUAGUCAAGUGUGUUCUGAGUAAAUGGGCUACAAUCUUUUACGAUGGGCUACAAUAAAAAAAAAGACUGACGCAUACAAUGUAAUUACAGUGCAUUCGGAAAGUAUUCAGACCUCUUCAUUUUUUCCACAUUUUGUUAAAUUACAGCCUUAUUCUAAAAUGGAUUAAAUGUUUUUUUCCCCUCAUCAAUCUAACACAAUACCCCAUAAUGACAAAGCAAAAACAGUUUUUUAGAAUUUUUUGCAAAUGUAUUAAAAAUAAAACACUUUAAUAUCAAAUUUACAUAAGUAUUCAGACCCUUUACUCAGUACUUUGUUGAAGCACCUUUGGCAGUGAUUACAGCCUCAAGUCGUCUUGGGUUUGAUGCUACAAGCUUGGCACACCUGUAUUUGGGGAGUUUCUCCCAUUCUUCUCUGGAGAUCCUCUCAAGCUCUGUCAGGUUGGAUGGGGAGCGUCGCUGCACAGCUAUUUUCAGGUCUCUCCAGAGAUGUUCGAUCGGGUUCAAGUCCAGGCUCUGGCUGGGCCACUCAAGGACAUUCAGAGACUUGUCCCGAAGCCACUCCUGCCUUGUCUUGGCUUUGUGCUUAGGGUUGUUGUCCUGUUGGAAGGUGAACCUUCGCCCCAGUCUGAGGUCCUGAGCGCUCUGGAACAGGUUUUCAUCAAGGAUCUCUCUGUACUUUGCUCUGUUCAUCUUUCCCUUGAUCCUGACUAGUCUCCCAGUCCCUGCCGCUGAAAAACAUCAGACCAGAGAAUCUUGUUUAGGUGCCUUUUGGCAAACUCCAAGCGGGCUGUCAUGUGCCUUUUACUGAAGAGUGGCUUCCGUCUGGCCACUUUACCAUAAAGGCCUGAUUGGUGGAGUGCUUCAGAGAUGGUUGUCCUUCUGGAAGGUUCUCCCAUCUCCACAGAGAACUCUGGAGCUCUGUCAGAGUGACCAUCGGGUUCUUGGUCACCUCCCUGACCAAGGCCCUUCUCCCCCGAUUGCUCAGUUUGGCCGGGCAGCCAGCUCUUGGUGGUUCCAAACUUCUUCCAUUUAAGAAUGAUGGGGGCCACUUGGGGACCUUCAAUGCUGCAGACAUUUUUUGGUACCCUUCCCUAGAUCUGUGCCUCGACACAAUCCUGUCUCGGAGCUCUACGGACAAUUCCUUCAACCUCAUGGCUUGGUUUUUGCUCUGACAUGCACUUUCAACUGUGGGACCUUAUAAAAACAGGUGUGUGCCUUUCCAAAUCAUGUCCAAUCAAUUGAAUUUAACACAGGUGUACUCCAAUCAAGUUGUAGAAACAGCUCAAAGAUGAUCAAUGGAAACAGGAUGCACCGGAGCUGAAUUUCGAGUCUCAUAGCAAAGGGUCUGAAUACUUAAGUAAAUAAGGUAUUUCAGUUUUUUUUUCAGUUUUUUAUUUGUAAUACAUUUGCAAAAAUGUGUUGUGUGUAGAUUGAUAAGGAACAUUUUUUAUUUAAUCGAUUUUAGAAUAAGGCUCUAACGUAACAAAAUGUGGAAAAAGUGAAGGGGUCUGAAUACUUUCCAAACAUGAUAUCAUUGGAUUGAUUGGCCAUCAGGGGGAGUGUUUGUAUAAAAAGGACACCUCAGCCACUGUAAUUUGGUUGAGAGAAAACAACAUAAUGACUGUUAUAUUUUGAGCAGCUCAGUGCGACGAAGCAGAGAUGAAUGGGUGUGUGCAACGCCACGCUCACCGUUUGAGCUGGGAUUGAUCCGUGACAUUUAACCUCUACAGGUUAAGUAACAGCAAACUUUCCAGGACAUAGACAUGUCUUAUAUGGUUAGAAAGCUUAAAUUCUUGUUAAUCUAACUGCACUGUCCAAUUUACAGUAGCUAUUACAGUGAAAAUAUACCAUGCUAUUGUUUGAGGAGAGUGCACAACAACAAAAAAUGUAUCAUGGCAACUGGUUUGAUACAUUCACCUCUGAAGGUAAAUAAUGUACUUACAUUCAGUAAUCUUGCUCAGAUUUGUCAUCCUGAGGGUCCCAGAGAUAAAAUGUAGCAUAGUUUUGUUUGAUAAAAUAAAUUUUUAUAUUCAAAUGUAGGAACUUGGUUCUACAGUUUGAACCCUUGCUGUCUCUGGCUCCACACCCACCCCGCCCGGCCAUCUAGAUGUGUGAAAGUUAGUGUAUUAGCUAAUGAUCCAUCAUGUAUGACAUUCCUGGGAGUAUGUCAAUUUACAUUUUGUAUUACCAUGUCAUUUUUGUAUGUUCUCUAUAGUUAUGUACUUGAAAAUGUAUCAAUUGACCAAUUCGGCACAUUUGGGCAGACUUGAUACAAAAUAGUCCAGUAUUGCAACGCUUCACUGGAUCAAUCUAAAAACGUUGCACACACACUGCUGCUAACUAGUGGCCAACAUCUAAAUUGCACCUAAACUGCAAUAUUAUAUUGUGGCCUUUCUCUUGCAUUUCCAAAGACGAUAAAAACAUUUUUUUUAAGAAAAUGCAUGUUUUUUUGUUUGUAUCAUCUUUUCCAGAUCUAAUGUGUUAUAUUCUCCUACAUUAAUUUCAAAUUUCCAGAAACUUCAAAGUGUUUCCUGAGCUACAGGCAGUUAGAUUUGGGUAUGUCAUUUUAGGCGAAAAAUGAAAAAAGGGUACGAUCCUUAAGAGGUUAACAGAUUGAGUUGUCGCAGAAAGGACAAUCCGCUCAGGUGGAACCUGUGUGUGAUUGAUGAGAGAGGGAGGGACUGUGUGUGAGCUGCUGCGACACGCCUCUUGGGUUGGGGGAGGAUCUGACGACCGUCCUUCUGUCCCUCGCUCUUUCCCCCUGUCCCCUCCAUCCCUCCAUCCCUCUCUCUCCCUAUUUUUCCCCCUCCCUCCCUCCCUCCCCUCCCUCUCUGUCCUUCAGAAAGGGAAAAUGAAAGAGGCAGCCCAGAGGUACCAGUAUGCUCUGAGGAAGUUUCCCAGGGAAGGGUUCGGUGAUGACCUGAAGGCCUUCAAGGAGCUGAGGGUGUCUCUGUACCUCAACCUCUCCCGCUGUCGCAGGAAAACCAACGUAAGAAAACCAACACGUCCUCCUUUUCUCCUCUAAUACUGGAUUUACUGGAACAUUUGUUCCCAAAGGUCUCUGUUAAAAAGACACAAUAUGCGAUCAGGUCAUGUAUAACAGUAGCACGGGACGUUGGAAGAUAGUUAACGUGAAAAAACUGUUGUUGUGCUGUGGGUUUUUGAACAUAUUUGAAAGAAAUGCUCACCAGAAGAUACAGUCCAAACUAAUGAUUUCACAGACAGAAGUAUGGCUGUUAUGGCUGCUGUUAGGGAGUAGUAGACAGCGCUUAAAAGCCCCAUGAUACAAUUUCGAGCCAAUUCGUGUUCCAGGUCUAUGAUCGAUGAAACGUGCCAUAAACUAACACAAUGCUCUCAGAAACAGAUUGAAUGCAUUAAAUUAUACUAUCUACUACUGGGACAGAAUUAUAGCUAUUAAGCGGUCCAGUUGAGUGAGUCUGAUUGAGCCAUUUGAGGCUAAAUGAUAAACUGUUUAGAAGUCCAUAAGCAAUAGUAUGCUUGUAGUCAUUACUGGGGCUAAUGUCAGCUUGUUCCCAUAAACAUUCAAAGUGUGAGAGAGAGAGAGACAAUGGACAAUGUGCAUGUAAAUUUCCCUGCAUUGGUUAUUCAUAUUGAUCUUCCCAUUCCCUCGCAACAGGACUUUGGCAUGGCUGAGGAGUUUGCAACAAAGGCCCUGGAGCUGAAACCCAAAUCGUACGAGGCCUAUUACGCCCGCGCCCGAGCCAAGAGGAGCAGCAGGUAAAGCUAUUCAUCAAGAGAACCCUCAAGUGGCUCUUUUAGGGGGGCAUUGUUAGUAUGCUUGUUUAGAAGUACUGCGCUUCUUGAUUGACCCCCUUAGUCACUCUCAUUCUCUCACGACCGUCCCUCUCUCUCUCUCUCUCUCUCUCUCUCUCUCUCUCUCUCUCUCUCUCUCUCUCUCUCUCUCUCUCUCUCUCCAUCCCUCAACAGGCAGUUCACGGCAGCCAUGGCUGACCUGCACGAAGCGGCCAAGCUGUGCCCCAACAACCGGGAGAUCCGGCGGCUGCUGGCCCGUGUGGAGGAGGAGUGUAAGCAGAUGCAGCACAGCACCACCCAGGGCAACCCGCAGGGGGCAACGUCCUCGUCCAACCAGGCUCCGGCCAACCACGACUCUGAACACGAACACGAGGAGGGGGAGGAGGUGUCGGAACAUAGCAUGGCUGUCAGUAGAGGUCUGGAUGGACAGAACACUCUGAGGUUGAAUGAUGUGGAAGAGGAAGAGGGGACUUCUCAGUCUCAACACUCAGAUAGGAGAGGAGAGAAGGGUGAGCCCUGGCCUCAGAAGAUCUACUCCCUCAAUAGAACUCUGCCUGACUCCCUCAGCCUGGCCACCCAGCCGCAGCAGCAGAGCACCAGGCCUGGCUCUCCCCCCUCCGGCCUCACAGGCCCUGGCAGGCUGAGUCACCACCGCUACCCCCCCAGGGAGCCCAGAGAGCCCAUGGCCCAGCAGGGCCUGAUCCUCCAGCCCACCAAGCAGGCCCAGAUAGUGAAAACCAACAAGCACAUGAGCUCCCUGCAGGCAGGAGGCCGCUCCUCGGGGGCCAAGUCCCAGUCCCAGUACGCUCCCUCCAGCCCCCUGCCCAGCCGACACAUGUCCAGCAUGCUGAAGCCAGGGCCAGGGCUAGGCAUCGACAUCAGCCCUCUACCGCCCCCUCCUGACGAGCCUGUCUACGGGGAGCAACGCCUGUCCAUGGCUGCUGCCUCGCAGUCCCAGAAGAUGGCUAUGGGCCAUCACUGUGACAGGGACAUCGAGUCCCUGCACUCGUCCCAGGGCACCUACUCUUCCUGCAAGGCCCAGGACCGUCUGUCUGCCCACUCGGUGUCCUCCCCGGAUGCUCUGACUUCAGGGUCUCCCCAGGGCCUCCUCGACACUGCAGGGCCAGGCCAGGAGCAGAGGAAGGAGUGCGGGGGUAAUGGGGUCUCCCAGGCAUGCUCCCAGGGGGGAGACAGCAACAUCAGGGUGUCCAGCUCCACCAGCUCCCUGGCCUCCAGCAGUAGUCUGUCUGACAGCGGCAAGCUGCAGGGCCCUGACGUACGCACCAAGACCACCACAGACAAGGCCAAGCAGGGCCAGAGCCAGGGAGGCACGAGCGAGUGGAAACCCAGGCCCUUCAUGGGCAUCAUGGACAAGACGGCACGCUUUCUUCAGCAGCAGCAGCAACAACAACUGCAGCAGCAACAGCAGCACCAAGGACUCCAGAGCCACCCGGGCCUUCAGCCCCCCACCGGAGCCCUCCGCACCUGGCAGAGUCACUCCUCGGAGGGAUUAGUGUGCCAAAACAUAUCUGCCAUGGGCCUCCAGACGACGGGGGCAAACUGUGAGCUACCUUAUGCCAAAACAGGGAGCACUUACUACGAGCAGCUCAAAGCUCCAUCUCAGGGUGCUAUGGGGAGCCUGCAGAAUGGAAUGCACUCGAAGGAAUUCACAGAAAAGUUCUGCCAAGCAGCCACCUGUUACAAGGAAUCCAAGCCAGCGCUGGCCAUGCCGUCGCACGCUUUUGUGGACAGUAAGCCCAAGCAGCCGAGCUUAGCCCGAGAUAAUCCCGCCAUUCACGUAGCCUCAAUGAAACCAAAGCGAUCAUUCAUAGAGUCAAAUGUG